GAGGGUGGAGCCGAGGGAAAGGCAGGGCCGGAUCCUGACAUCGGUGUUCUUUUCCCUCCUCUGUCGAGGCGCGCCACGCUUUUCCCUGCCGGAACACGCUCCGCCAGGAACUUCCCAACCUCUCCGGCGCCAAGGCGCACGGGUCACCGCUUUGGCGCACCGUCUCCAGCGCUGGAGACAACGCUGCGCUGCGGAUCCCUGCGCUCCUCGUGGGUAGAAAGACUCGCUCCCUCUGUCUGAGACCGGGCACGAUCCCUCGGGUGUUCGUCCCUCCAGGGCGCGCGUCCUUUUGCGCGCAAAGUCUCCAGAUCCAGCCCACAUCUCCAGGGUUUUCCGCAGCCGCACGGACAGGUCUCCCGGUUCCGGAGCCAUGGAGAAGGUGAAGGCGCGGGCGCUGCUGGAGCAGCCUCUGCGAGCCUCCAGCUACAACGGCUACGCGCUGGCUGAGAAGCCGCCGCAGGCGCUGCCCGGCCGCUCCUCCGCGGACGCGCCGCGCUGCCCGAAGGCUGCAGCCAGCUCUUUCGAGAGCUGGAGAGAGGAGCGUACCCGCAGCGAGGAAGACAACGAGAUGAACCUGCCCGGCUUGGCCGCCGCCUACAGCACCAUCCUGCGCGCCCUAGGCGAGGACCCCGAGCGCCAGGGGCUCCUCAAGACCCCCUGGAGGGCGGCCACCGCCAUGCAGUUCUUCACCAAAGGCUACCAAGAGACCAUCACAGGUGAGCAGGGCUCCGGUGCACGAGGGGGCACCUGGAGAAUAGAUCCCCGCCAAACUAAAAACAAAGCAGAAUGCCCAGUGCUUUGCAUUGCUCCUGUUCCCAACAGCCUUGUGAGGUAGGCAGGCUGCUCUUCUCAAAUUAGGGGCAAUUUGAGCUGGCUGUAGUGUCCUGGUUCCAAUAAAUGAAUGUACUUAAAGGGCUCCGUGUAGGUCCUUUCAGGCACCCUCACUGUUCCCAUGGGGUAGAUUAUAGCAGACUCUGUGCCUUCCAGCUGUUUUGGACUGCAGUGCCCACUAGGCAGUGCUGCCCAGGGCUGGUGGCCUUGUUUUAGUCCAAAGCAACCAGAGGGCACCGGAAUAGAGAAAGGUUGGGGAAGAGACUUGCCUGCAGGAGAUUACAAAAGUUGGUAAGUGAAUUUCCAAUGAAAUCAUUGUUACUUUGGAAACGCAUUGGAAUUUAAGAAGCUGGCUUCUACAGAGUCAAGCCAUCUAGCUCAGUAUGCCCACACUGACUGGCAGAAGCAGCUCUUUAGGAUUUCAGACAAGGAGUGUUCCCCAGCUAUAAUUGGAGAUCAUCAUCAUAAUACAACAAUUUAUUAUUUAUACCCUGCCCAUCUGGUUGGGUUUCCCCAGCCACUCUGCGUGGCUCCCAACAGAAUAAUAAUAAUAAACCAACAAAACAUCAAACAUUAAAAACUUUCCUAAACAGGGCUGCCUUUGAGUAUCUUCUAAAAGUUAGGUAGUUCUUUAUCUCCUUGACAUCAGACGGGAGGGCGUUCUACAGGGCAGGCGCCACCACCGAGAAGACCCUCUGCCUGGUUCCCCGUAACUUCGCUUCUUGCAGUGAGGGAACCGACAGAAGGCCCUCGGAGCUGGACCUCAGAGUCUGGGUAGAACGAUGGGGGUGGAGAUGCUCCUUCAGGUAUACUAGGCUGAGGCCGUUUAGGGCUUUAAAGAUGCUUCCAAGGAUUGGACCAGGUGCCUUCUGCAGGCUCCUCCCAUUUUAAGAUGACUUUAAAAGUUAAUACUAAACUUCAAUUUUAAUGAAUGAAACAACUUUAAACUGCUGGGUCACUUUGUAUGGCGCCGGCAUAGCAAAGCAGCUAAGAAACCUGAGGCCUUGUUCACACUCCCGUUUACUAGCUGUGUUGGGUUUUUAAUCCCUGCUCACAGGACAUCAUCCAGAAUGCAAGCAUAUCCUGUACUUUGUUGUGAAAUAAUACCAUCUGGGGCACUGUUUUUCCAACCAGCUUCACACAGAUCUGAGUCCUUAAGGCUAAAACCACUCUUAAUCUCUAGACAAGGUGUGGACUCCUUUGCAUAGGGUAAAGACAUCCCCAAUAAUGUCCCCUGGUGUGAACACACCCUCGGUUGUGAAUCAGAAACUCCUGAGUAUGAAUCUUAGCUCUUCCCUGAACUCCAUCUUCGAUCUGGUCUCAGAGGAGUCUUCCCUUCCUCCCUCUUUCUUCCCCUUCCUCUCCCUCUGACUAGUGGCUCUCCAGGAUUUCAAACAGGACUGUUAUGUUUGGCCAAUAUAAAAAUAAUAAAAUUGUUAUUAGCAUUAUUAUUAGUACUAUGUACACCAGGGUUUCCCAAACUUGGGUCUCCAGCUGUUUUUGGACUGCAAUUCCCAUCACCCCUGACCGCUGGUCUUGCUAGUUAGGGAUGAUGGGAGUUGUAGUCCAAAAAGAGGUGGAGACCCAAGUUUGGGAAAGUACACCAACUAGCAGGAUUUUAGGAUGGAGUCUCUUUCAGCCGUGAGGAUUGAAUCUCUGAAAUUUUCUGCAUGCAAAGUUAAUGCCUGUCCCUGACCCAUGACCCAUUCCCUAAAAAUAAAUGAUGGCUUAGAGCAGGCAUGGCAUGUCCAAAGUCCGUUUCGGGGGCCUGUCGGAUUAAUCCGGCCCCUGUGGUAGGUUAUUUCCUGGAGUAAAAUCCUAAAAAAAGCCCAACAACUUUGCGGUAAAAUCAUAAAAAGAAGGAGCGUCUCCACCCCCAUCGUUCUGCCCGGACACUGGGGUCCAGCGCCGAGGGCCUUCUGGCGGUUCUCUCAUUGCGAGAAGCCAAGUUACAGGGAACCAGGCAGAGGGCCUUCUCAGUAGUGGCACCCACCCUGUGGAACGCCCUCCCACCAGAUGUCAAAGAGAACAACAACUACCAGAUUUUUAGAAGACAUCUGAAGGCAGCCCUGUUUAGGGAAGCUUUUAAUGUUUAACAGACUACUGUACUUUAAUGUUUUGUUGGAAGCUGUCCAGAGUGGCUGGGGAAACCCAGCCAGAUGGGUGGGGUAUAAAUAAUAAAUUCUAUUCUACCCUAAAGAAAGCUCAACAACUUAAUCCUAAAAAAAGCUCAAAAGCCCUCAGGCGUGUUCACUUCAUCAAAUCUGGCCCUCUUUGAAAAAAGUUUGGACACCCCUGGCUUAGAGUUACAUGCCAUUAUAACAAGUGUACUUGCCCCACGGGUUUAUGCAAUGCUAUUGUGAUCUUGCUAUUGUGGGACACGGGUGGCACGGUGGGUUAAACCACAGAGCCUAGGACUUGCCGAUCAGAAGGUCGGCUGUUUGAAUCCCUGCGAUGGGGUGAGCUCCCGUUGCUUGGUCCCUGCUCCUGCCAACCUAGCAGUUUGAAAGCACGUCAAAGUUCAAGUAGAUAAAUAGGUACUGCUCCGGCGGGAAGGUAAACGGCGUUUCCAUGCGCUGCUCUGGUUCGCCAGAAGUGGCUUAGUCCUGCUGGCCACAUGACCCGGCUCCCUCGGCCGGCUCCCUUGGCCAAUAAAGCGAGAUGAGCGCCACAACCCCAGAGUCAGUCACGACUGGACCUAAUGGUCAGGGGUCCCUUUACCUUUAUUGUGAUCUUGGUACCGUAUUUUUCGCACCAUAGGACGCACCGGACAAUAGGACGCACUUUGUUUUAGAGGGGGGAGAACAAGAAACAAAAUUCCCCCCCCUCUCUGCCCAGCGCCCCUUCAGCGAAGUGGCAGGAGGCACUGUGCAGAGAGGGGGAGAACUUUCCCCCUCUUGUUUUCCCGCUCUAAAACAAGGUGCUGUUUAAGGUGCGUUCAGGCGGCUACCUUGGAAGCCUGGAGAGCGAGAGGGGUCGGUGUGCACUGACCCCUCUCGCUCUCCAGGCUUCAGGUUCCUUUCCGCUGCUCCCUGACCUGCUCUUUGGGGCUGGUGGUGGGCUUCCCCCCGCCAGCCCCAAAGAGCAGGUCAGGGAGCAGCGGAAAGGCGCAGCGGAGAGGCUCCUGCCAUAGCCGCGCGUCACCUCUGCAGCUGGGAGAGGGUCGCGGGGGGCUGCUUUAGCCCCGCGCGUGCACUCUCCCGGCUGGAGAGGUGACACGGGGCUGUAGAGGUUCCUGCCAUAGCCGCGCGUCACCUCUCCAGCCGGGAGAGGGUCGCGGGGCUAUGGCAUCUUCGCUCCAUAGGACGCACACACAUUUCCCCUUCAUUUUUGAAGGGGAAAAAGUGCGUCCUUAGGGGCGAAAAAUACGGUAGUUUAUUCUGGAUCUUUUCCCCAACGAUCCCUAGCAUGGAAUUCUCCUUUUUCGCAGCUGGGUCAGAAUCUUAGUGGGUGGCGUCCUCUGGGGCUGUGCUGCCCCCAUCACCUCCCUCCAGCCGCGUCACUGGGAGGGGCGAGGUGGAAGGGAGAUCAGAGCAGAAAUCAGCUGGGCACCAGGCACAUUUUGCUACUGACAGAGGUCCAAUGGCGACUACGUGGAGACCACAGUGGCAACCACAGCUUAAAAACCUCCACCUUAGUCCAUAGUUAAUUCUGUUUCCAUUUCCACUGUGUGUGUUCCUCCUCUUUGCAUACAGGGAUGAGUGAAUUGUGAGAGCAAGCUGCAGUCAAGCAACGGACUCGUAGAAUUUUAGAACUGGAAGGGACCACAAGAGUCAUCUACUCAAAACCCCUGCAAUGUUUUGCCCAAUGUGGGUCUAAAACCCAUGUUGUAAACAAAAUCUGCCCUUUUCCCCUUAUGGGGUAUCCAAGAGCCCAUAUAGAGUCCUUACGUAGGUUCCCUAUUGGUAGGAGAAAAGAACAGAGGCCAACCAGAGCAUAUUGAGAAGCAAAGCAGCUAGUAAGCCUGAUCUUUAUUGAACUGUUGCAACAAGGUGCUCCCCUUACCCGCAGGAAAGGAGGAGGAACCCCGAAAAAUGCUGCACAAGGCCUUAUAAAGACUUUUGAAAUUGCCACCCUGUAGAUCAAGAUCACCCCCAGAAACAUCAUACAUACAUCACAGAAGGGGUGUAACCUAAGACCACCCCUCAGAUACAUUACACCUACAUCACAGAAAAGGCGGUCUACAGGAAAUCUGAGUGCUUUGUUUACCUGUUUAAUGGUCAAUUGAUUGGAUUGCCUUGGGAGCCUGGCCAGUCUUUUGUAAUGAUAAAUACUUAGUUCCUGAGCCAGGUCAGGAUCACACCCUAUUCAUAUCUUAAAUGUGCCCUUAGGACAGGAUUUGUGAGGAAAGAGACAAUGGGUAGGUUUCCCACUUUGACCUUGCAGAGAAAUAAUUUGCUCAGUUUGGGAAUCAAAAUUUGUUUCAGGUCGGUCUUCCUGUGCUGAUCUAUGUACGUGAUUGGUUGGUACACUUAUGAACAUUUAACAUAUACCUAAGACCUCCAAAUUCCUGUCACACCCAUGACCCUCAAGUUAAGAGUCAUGCUCUACCAACUGAGUUGUCCCAGCAGAUUGUAGUUGAGAUAAUAGAAUCGUAGCGUUGGAAGGGGUCAUCAAACCCAACCCCCUGGCGACUGGACAUUCCAUUGUGGAGACCAUAACCUAGGUUUAAGGUGCAAUUUGGCACCUAGCGUAUACAUCUCGGUUUCUAACACUGCUGCCAGGGUGCUUGCACCCAGUGGCGGAGGAACCCGGGGCAGGACGAACCGCCCGGUGGCGCACAUGCGACGUCUGUACGGACUGCGCAUGCACGGCAUCCCUUACGGAGUGCGCAUGCGUGGCAGCCCGUGCGGUCGCUGUGCGAGAGGCAGCCCAUAUGGACGCCACGUGCCCUCAGUUGCUCUACAGCUGGGGGGAGGCAGGGGCCAUCUUGUCAUGCCCCCCCCGAGUGCCACCCGGGGCAGCCCGCCCCCUCUGCCUCCCACUUCGUAUGCCCCUGCUUGCACCACACCAAACUUGUCGCUGCCCUGUCAGGUUAGCAGUGCGGAUGAGGUCAGGUGGGCUAUCCACUCCCAAGAACUCUUUUUCAUGGUCAGUCACUACCAGUACAGACCACAUGAGCAUACAUGCAAAGUUGGGAUGCGGGUGGUGCUGUGGUCUAAACCACUGAGCCUCUUGGGCUUGCCAAUCAGAAGGUCAGCAGUUUGAAUUCCUGUGACGGAGUGCGCUCCUGUUUCUCUGUCCCAUCUCCUGCCAACCUAGCAGUUCGAAAGCACACCAGCACAAGUAGAUAAAUAGGUACCGCUGCAGUGGGUAGGUAAAUGGCGUUUCCAUGUGCUCUGGUUUCUGUCAUGGUGUUUCAUUGCACCAGAAGCGGUUUAGUCCUGCUGGCUGCAUGACUCGGAAAGCUUCUGUGGACAAACGCUGGCUCCCUUGGCCUGAAGCGAGAUGAGUGCCGCAACCCCUUUGACUGGACUUAACCAUCCAGGGGUCCUUUGACUUUUUUUUUUUUAACAUGUAAAGUGAGUUGGGUAUUUUGUCCCAAUCACUUUGCCCUUGCUUGCGUUUUUGUCCGUCCUGGACAGGAGCCACACCAGGGCAAAUUCAGAACUGCUUCCGCCGAAGGCGUAGCGAGGCAAAUGCUUCAAAAUUCCUGCUCUGCAUUAAACCACAGGCUUUGGAGUUAGCGCUGUAGGCUGCCUGCCACUUGUCAGUUUGUUUGCCUUUUUGUGUCAUAAGGUCUAGCCGUGUGCAAUUAGCUGCUGAGCAACCAGUAAGAACCAACAAAGCGGCGAUGGCGACGGCUUCUCCUUACUGACUUCUGCCUGGUGAACCACCUGAAAGUGCAUUGCAGAUCACUGUUUUGAGAAUCACUUGCGAUUUUUAAUCAGUGGUGCAGCUCCCUUGGUGUACCGCUUUGCAUUUUCUAGAUGCGAAACUUGAGAGCAGUAGAUCAUGGAUCUGAACACAGGUGAAGUAACCUUAAGGGACUCUCAGGAUCUGAUGCCAGAUGUAAAUGUUGUUGAACCAAAUACAGAUAGUGACCAUAGUGCUAUCAAAUUCAAUAUAUAUAUAAAUGGGCAAUUGCCAAGAAAGUCCAGCAUAUUUACAUUUGACUUCAAAGGAAGAAACAUCCCCUAGAAAUUUGGGGGACUGGUAAAAGAGGAAGUUGAAAAGAGGAGUCAAAAGUGGUUAAAUCUCUCCAUAAUGCUUGUGGUUAUUCAAAGGCACAAUAUUAGAAGCUUGGCUAAAAUAUACGCUGUAUAUCAUUUGUUUGCUGCCUUUCCAAAGUUCAAAAACAUGCUCAGGACAGGACUGCUUCCAACAUGAGAAUACACAUAACUGCAAACAUAAUGAAACUACUCAUAAGCAAUAUUCGUAGUUGUUUAGUUGUGUCCGACUCUUCGUGACCCCAUGGACCAGAGCACGCCAGGCACUCCUGUCUUCCACUGCCUCCCGCAGUUUGGUCAAACUCAUUUUUAGUAGUUUUGAGAACACUGUCUCAUGUUUUGAGAACCAUCUUGUCCUCUGUCGUCCCCUUCUCCUUGUGCCCUCCAUCUUUUCCAACAUCAGGGUCUUUUCCAGGGAGUCUUCUUUUCUCAUGAGGUGCCCAAAGUCUUGGAGCCUCAGCUUCACGAUCUGUCCUUCCAGUGAGCGCUCAGGGCUGAUUUCCUUCAGAAUGGAGAGGUUUGAUCUUCUUGCAGUCCAUGGGACUCUUGAGUCUCCUCCAGCACCAUAAUUCAAAAGCAUCCAUUCUUUGGCAAUCAGCCUUCUUUAUGGUCCAGCUCUCACUUCCAUACAUCACUACUGGGAAAACCAUAACUUUAACUAUACGGACCUUUGUUGGCAAGGUGAUGUCUCUGCUUUUAAGAAGCUGUCUAGGUUUGUCAUUGCUUUUCUCCCAAGGAGCAGGCGUCUUUUAAUUUCGUGGCUGCUGUCACCAUCUGCAGUGAUCAUGGAGCCCAAGAAAGUAAAAUCUCUCACUGCCUCCAUUUCUUCCCCUUCUGUUUGCCAGGAGGUGAUGGGACCAGUGGCCACGAUCUUAGUUUUUUUGAUGUUGAGCUUCAGACCAUAUUUUGCACUCUCCUCUUUCACCCUCCUUAAAAGGUUCUUUAAUUCCUCCUCAUUUUCUGCCAUUACAUAAGCAAUAUAGAAAACAUUAAAAAAUACAAAACCAAACCGAACAAUUUCCACAGCGUAUAGUUUUGUGCCAAAGGAUUUGUGCAAAAGAGACAAGUGUGUCCGUCUGCCUUGAAAGUGGCGGAAUAAAGCCUGACUCUGCCCCCCUUGUUUCCACUUGCGCUGUGUGCAAUCACAAAUGUGAAUUAAAUUAGACCUCUUUUCUCCGCUGCCAAUGUUGAUGGAGGAACUAGCAGAUGCUUUCCAAACAAUUGAUUCCAUUUGGGGCUCGGCGCAUGAUUCCAGACCUCAUUAGAGACACUGAUGGCAGAAGCAAACCUUGUUGCCUCUUGUACGUCACUCUUCUUGUAAAUACCGUUUUGGCAGGAAAGCGGAGUGAAGAAAGGCUGCAAUUUCGACCAGGUGUCUCUUAAAGCCUUUUAUUGCCUCUGAAUGAUCUGCCGUGUCUUCAACUUGUUUAAACUGUCAAUACAUUGGGGGAAAGUGCCUUAAUGUGACUCUCAUGAAAAGUAAACUAGCCAAAGCUCUUUUUUAUUUUUCAGAAUUUUUUUAAAAAAUGUUGGCACAAUUUUCUAUUUUCUUUUUCACAGCUUAGCUGUGAAAAAAAUAUGAGGGGGAACAAGAAAGGAGUAAAAUUUUGUAACCAAUAAUAUUUUCUUCCGAAGUCAAGUUUCGUUCUGUGGUGUUUAUGUUUAUAGCUAUAAGACUUCCUUGCUAGCGCUGUUGAUGAAGCAGAGAAUGGGGAAAACGCAGGGUUCACCCCCUUUCGAUGGGAAGUUACUUUCACGGGAAUAGUCCUAGUACCACCGUAUUCUACCAUGGUCAGACCCCACCUGGAGUACUGGGUCCAGUUCUGGGCACCACAAUUUAAGAAGGAUGUUGACAGGCUGGAAGGUGUGCAGAGGAGGGCAACCAAGAUGAACAAGGGUCUGGAAACCAAGUUUUAUGAGGAGCACUUGAAGGAGUUGUAUAUGUUUAGCCUGGAAAAGAGGAGAUGGAUAGGAGACAGGAUAGCUAUCUUCAAAUAUCUGAAGGGCUGUCCAGCAGUGGAGCAAGCUGAUUGGGCGCCUGGGGCAGCGCACGUGCCAGCCGCCCACGUGGCGUGGCCAGCCGGGGCAGGACGCUCCGCGAGGCCUCCGAGGAGUCGGCCUGCUUCCUCCCACUCUGCCGCCCUACAGCUGAGGGGCAGGCAGCGGGCGGACCGUUUGGGCGCUCAGGAUGCUGUGUCACUCCUGGGAGAGACGCGUGGUUCGGAAUCACUACAGGCCCCCGCGGUGAGUGCCGCCCGGCAUUUUGUCACCCCCCCUCAGAGGUAACACCCAGGGCAGCCCGCCCCCACCGCACCCCCUUCCUCCGCCCCUGGGGCUGUCACAUGGAAGAUGGAAGGACCCAAACCGAUAGAUUCAACUUACAUGAAAGGCGAUUCCAACUGAACAUCAGGAAGAACUUUCUGACAGCUGGAGCUGUUGAAUGGUUGAACAGACUCCCACUAAAGGUGAUGGACUCUCCUUCCUUGGAGCUUUUUAAACAGAGGUUGGGUGGUCACCUGUCAUACAGUUAUCAAAUCACCCCUCGGUCGUCUUUUCUCCAGGGUGAAUGUAUAUUAUCACCCUUCUUAAACUGCUGUGCCUGUUGGGAUUUCAUUCCUCCCGUUGCAGGGUGCGUGAUUGUUUUCAUCACAUGUCUGUGUUGACAUUCCAUACUGUUGGAGUCACGAGAACGGAAGUUCAGUUACGCUGUUCUGUUUUACUAUUGCUUUUCUGUUCUCUCUCGGAGAUGAAGGAGGAGAGAGGACCCACAAUUUCUUUUGUUCUGUUUAGUAUGUAAUAAAGUAGCUUAGAAAUCCACACCUCCAAUGCCUAGCUACUGCUUGGACUCUGCUAUUGUACUGUGUGCACAUAUCUUCGGAUAUGUCUCGCAGAAGCGCAUCGGGAAAGAAGAGUGAUGAAUCAUUCUGAGGGUCGCUUAUGGGGGAGAAUGUAGCUGCCUGGCGUUCUCUAGUUGGUACAAGAAGCCCAGUGAGGUCCAGUUCCGUGUGCCCAUUCACCAACAGAGCCCACAACUAGACACGGGCAAGAUGGACCAACAGCCUCUUUUAUUAUGUUCUUAAGAGACCAAAGGAUGCGAUGCCUGUUGCACUUGCUUGAAAAUCCAAUGCUCCAUUGAAGAAAAUGUUCCAUCUAACAUUUGUUUAAAAACCUGAAGCAUUUUUGUUAGGGAUUGUAAGGAAAGAUCUGCCAAAAAAGCUGAAAAACAUCUUCAUGUAUGCGACAACAGCUGUGAGAGUCCUAAUAGCACAAGGAUGGAAGACUGAAGAAAUUCCAACUAAAGAAUCCUGGCAAGAAAAACUGAUGGACUAUGCAGAACUGGCAAAAUUGACACAUAAGCUACGGGACAAGGAUAACUGUGACUUUAAAGAUGAAUGGGAACCCUUUACAAAGUAUUUGAAGAGGCAACAAAGUGAAUUGGACUCAUUGGCAGGUUUUGAAUAAACAUCACAAACUUUUUAUUGACAAUAAUCAGUUAAAUAAUUUAAGGAUUUAGACAACUUUGUAACAUGCAGAGAACAGCAUUCACAGAGAAACCAAAGACUGGAACGGAGGGAAGUCAGGGGGGUGGGUGGGUUUUGUGGGGGGGGAGGGAGGAAACAGAGGGGAAAUUAAGCAUGACAUGUUUUUGGAUAAUAUGUUUCGUUUAAAUCUUUAAUAAAAAUUAUACAAAAAAAAAAGAAAAAAGAAAAUCCAAUGCUCCCACGGGCAUUGAAAAGUUAAUGACCCCCGCCGUAGCAGAGUGCAACUCUUGCCAGUUAUGUGACAUUUCCACCCACCCAUUCAUUGUACUUCUGAGCUGGCCUUUUUCCAAGUCAGGGAAACUUAGAGAGUCCCAUCCACAGAGGGCAGAGAUGAUGGGAGGCGAGAAGGCAAGAGUCAGGGGUUUUGAGGAGAGCCCUUUGGCAGCACAUGGGUUUGCAUAGGCGCGCAUGCACCCAGUCUGAGCCCCUGUAAGCAUUGCUGGCUCAUGUUCCGGCUCUGGCAUUUGAAGCAACUUCGUAAACUCCUCGUGGUUUUUGAUUAUUCCGGCUGUGGCCGGAGAAUGCAAAGCACCAGAGAGCCAGCCAUCUUAGCCAUUUUGUGUCUUCCGUUAACCUGCCCUAAAGGCUGUAAAGGCAGCCUCUUCAUCUUUUCCUUUUCGCUCGCCUCCCGAGUGACAUUAAAGCCAUGCAAAUAGUUCCUAUAGCAACAGGCUCUUUUACCUCUGACGCAAAGGCUCCAAAUCAUGGGCGAUUCUCUUCUCUUCCUAUUCAGAUUUUAUCUUCUCCCAACUGUUGCGAUCCUCUCUUUCAUCCAACGUCAUGUCUGCCGAUGGGGAGUUUGCACUCCACACAUGCUCUAAAUGCCCCAGUGGCGCAUGCUUUAUAUUUGUUGUAGGCAAAUGCAUUUCAGAGGGUUGGACUGGAUGACCUUUGGAGUCCCUCCCAAAACAUACACAGAAGUUAAAUUCUAUUAAGUUCAGUGGGACCUUGCUGUGCUUUUACCUGGGAGUUGGACAUAAUAAUAAUAAUAAUAAUAAUAAUAUUUAUACCCCGCCUUCCUGGCCAGAGCCGGGCUCAGGGCGGCUAACACCAGUAAAAUUACAAUAAAAACAUAAUGGGGGGGGACACACAAGAAGACAAUUUAAAAUACGGGUUAAAAUGCAAUUUAAAAUGCAGCCUCGUUUUAAAAGUAGCCCAUAGAUCAAAACCAUAAGGGGAGGGAAACAUAAGGGUCAGACUGAGUCCAAACCAAAGGCCAGGUGGAACAGCUCUGUCUUGCAGGCCCUGCGGAAAGAUGUCAAGUCCCGCAGGGCCCUGGUCUCUUGUGACAGAGCGUUCCACCAAGUCGGGGCCAGUACUGAAAAGGCCCUGGCCAUAGUUGAGACCAAUCGAAUCACCUUGCGACUUGGGACCUCCAAAAUGUUGUCAUUUGUGGACCUUAAGGUCCUGCACGGGGCAUACCAGGAGAGGCGGUCCUGUAAGUACAAGGGUCCUAGGCCGCAUAGGGCUUUAAAGUUCAAAACCAGCACUUUAAACCUGACCCUGUACUCCACCAGGAGCCAGUGCAGUUGGUAAAGCAUCGGAUGAAUGUGAUCCCACGGCAAGGACCCCGUAAGGAGUCUCGCCGCGGCAUUCUGCACCCGCUGGAGUUUCUGGGUCAGCUUCAAGGGCAGCUCCACGUAGAGCGAGUUCCAAUAAUCAAGCCUUUGUUAGCAUCUGUGUAGGCGGGUAUAGGAUCACACUCCUGUUUGCGUUCAGUAGGACUUAAAAGCAUUUCCCUUGGGCAGGAAGUCCAGUUUCCUUCGCUAGUUGACUCUGGUUCCUAAGCGUCACCUUCUUAAGAGCAGCCCUGUCAGAACCCAGGCAUAAUAACCGCUGCUAAUACGAUGGCGAUGUUUCCGUCUGUUAUUUCCGCACCAGGGUAUAAGAGUCAUGUAUUGAAUUCAUUCUCACAACAACCUUGCGAGGUAGGCAGUUUUGUAGCCAUUUCACAGAGAGUGAUUGGCCUUUCCCGACCUGGUGUGCUCAUGAGAACACCUGGUCCAGCUCCCUGUUCUCACAAGGCCACAGCUAGCUGCCUGUGGGAAACCAGUGAGUAGGAUUCAUGCAUAAGAACCAUUCUCCUGUCCUGAGGCUUCCAGCAACGGGUGUUCGGAAGCACAGCAAAGUUUAUAUUGUUUGAUUGUGUUUUUAUAUUUUUGCUGGAAGAUGCCCUGAGUGACUGGGGGAAGCCGGUCAAAUGGAUGGCAAACAACAACAACAACAACUUUUUAUUAUUUAUACUCAGGGUAGCUUCCCACACAUAUAAAAACAUAAUAAAAUGCCAAACAUUAAAAGUUUCCUGAUACAGGGCUGCCUUCAGAUGUCUUGUAAAAGUUGUGUACAGUGGUGCCUCUGGUUGCGAACGGGAUUCGUUCCGGAGCCCCGUUCGCAAUGUGAGCAGAACGCAACCCACGUCUGCGGGUCGCGAUUUGCCGCUUCUGCGCAUGGGUGUGACAUCAUUUUGAGAACAUGCGCGAGUGGAGAAACCCCGAUGUAACCCUUUCCGGUACUUCCAGGUCGCCGCGGGACGCAACCUGAAAAUAAUAAUAAUAAUAAUAAUAAUAAUAAUAAUAAUAAUUUAUUAUUUGUGCCCCGCCCAUCUGGCUGGGUUUCCCCAGCCACUCUGGGCGGCUUCCACAAAGACCAAAAAUACACUAAUAUGUCAUACAUUAAAAACUUCCCUGAACAGGGCUGCCUUAAGAUGUCUUCUGAAUGUCAGGUAGUUGUUUAUCUCUUUGACAUCUGAUGGGAGGGCGUUCCACAGGGCGGGCGCCACUACCGAGAAGGCCCUCUGCCUGGUUCCCUGUAGCUUUGCUUUUCGAAAUGAGGGAACCGCCAGAAGGCCCUCGGCGCUGGACCUCAGUGUCCGGGCAGAACGAUGAGGGUGGAGACGCUCCUUCAGGUAUACUGGGCCGAGGCCAUUUAGGGCUUUAAAGGUCAACACCAACACUUUGAAUUGUGCUCGGAAAUGUACUAGGAGCCAAUAUAGGUCUUUCAAGACUGGUUUUAUGUGGCGCCGGUGGCCACUCCCAGUCACCAGUCUAGCUGCUGCAUUCUGGAUUAGUUGCAGUUUCCGGGUCACCUUCAAAGGUAGCCCCACGGAGAGCGCAUUGCAGUAGUCCAAGCGAGAGAUAACCAGAGCAUGCACCACUCUGGCGAGACAGUCUGCGGGCAGGUAGGGUCUUAGCCUGCGUACCUGAUGGAGCUGGUAGACAGCUGCCCUGGAUACAGAAUUGACCUGCACCUCCAUGGACAGCUGUGAGUCCAAAAUGACUUCCAGGCUGCGCACCUGGUCCUUCAGGGGCACAGAUACCCCAUUCAGGAUCAGGGAGUCCCUCACACCUGCCCACCUCCUGUCCCCCCAAAACAGUACUUCUGUCUUGUCAGGAUUGAACCUCAAAGACGUAACCUGAACCGAACGUAACAAGAGGUAUGACUUUAGUUCUAAAUCUCCUUGGCAUCUGAUGGGAGGGCAUUGUACCGGGAGGGCACCACUGCCGAGAAGGCUCUCUGCCUGUUGUUGUUGUUGUUAUUGUUGUUGUUGCUUCCAACUGUGGUGGCAGAGCAUAGCCAAAACAGCUAGCACCCACCGAUUACCUCUCCUUUAUGAAUUUGUCCAGUCCUCUUCUAAAGCCAUUAAAGUUGGCAACCAUCAUUGCCUCCUGUGGCAGAGAGUUCCACAGAUUAAUUCUUCGCACUGCAUGAAGACACCCUUUAUUUAUCUGUCCCGAAUCUUCCAACAUUCUGCUUCAUUUGCUGCCAACGAGCCCUGGCAUUAGGAGAGAAACUUUUCUCCAUUCACUCGCUCUGGAGGCCUUUGAAGUCCCCAUCAGUCACACAGCCAGAGCUGAUGGACAGGAGUUGUGCUGCACAACGUGUGGAGGGCACCAGGUUGGCAAAGGUUGCCUCGCGGGAAGGGAGUUGGCCAGAGGCAAACGUAAUCUGCCCUUUGUACUCGCUUGGAAGGCCUCCCUGCCCUCCCUCCCUGCCCCCCCGCCUUCUCCAGACACUUUCUGGUGAUGGACAUGACAGAGGAGCCAGAGCAGCUCCAUCCCUGGUCGCCAGGGUUACCUGCCUCCAUCUGGCUGCGCACAGGAAAUUAAAACCACCCGCGAUAGCAUAUCACUAUCAGCCCUAAAUGGCAGCUCCUAGGCAUCGGUGGCCGUGUUUGCGAGAGGUGUCUGUGCGUCCGUGUUUGUGUCAGAGGAAGCUGUAAAAGAAAAGGCGUCUAGCACAGCUGUAGGUUUUUUUAUAUUAGCUUUUGAGUCACUGGGAGACGGGGCGGGGAGCUUUUGAUCGGCUUCGAGGGUGGGGACCGCUGCCCGAAAGCCCUUUUGUUCUUAUUCAGAUUGGCUUUUGCACAGGAACUGUGUAAAAAGUACAAAAUGAAGUCCAGCUACGCCUUUAUGCACAGACUUCCUUUCCUUCCCUCCUUCCCGAGGGCAGGUAACCCAGAGUGGGAAAAUUGCAGACGGCAGAAAAUGUGCGAUUCUGGUGCCGCCUCUUUCGACUUUCCCCAUCUGCUUUACAGUUUGUUUGUUUGUUUGUUUGCUUGCUUGCUUGCUUGCUUUCACAAUAGUCGUGCAAGGGAGGCAGCUGCUGUACCCAUUUUACAGAUGAAGAACUGAAACAAAGAUGUUACUCAGUGAGGUCAUGGCAGCCUCGUUGCAAAAGGGAUGCUUUUUAGAGCAUCUACCUUUGCAUGCCUGGUCCCAGGUGCAAUCGCUGCCAUUUCCCAGGAAGGACUUAGGAGAGUGCCCUGUCUGAAAUAAUAAUAAUAAUAAUAAUAAUAAUAAUAAUAAAUUUAUUAUUUAUACCCCACCCAUCUGGCUGAGUCUCCCCAGCCACUCUGGGUGGCUUCCAGCAAAAUACUAAAAUACAAUAAUUCAUCAAAUAUUAAUAGCUUCCCUAAACAGGGCUGCCUUCAGAUGUCUUCUAAAAGUCAGAUAGGUGUUUAUUUCCUUGACGUCUGUAUCGUUCCAAUUUUAGUAUAUGUACUGCCAAAGCGAGCACAGUUAUUUCCUUGAAAUCUGAUGGGAGGGCAUUCCACAGGGCUGGUGCCACUACCAAGAAGGCCCUCUGCCUGGUUCCCUGUAACCUCACUUCCCGCAGGGAGGGAACCACCAGAAGGCCCUUGGCGCUGGACCUCAGUGUCCAGGCAGAACAAUGGGGCUGGAGAUGCUCCUUCAGGUAUAGUGGGCAGGGUUGCUGCCAGUCAGGUUCGAUAAUACUGACCUGGGUGGGUCUGUGGUCUGACUCUGUAUAAGGCAGCAUCCUAUGCUCCUAAGCUGAGACACAAACUAAAAUCUCACAGAUCCAAGUCUAACGGUGCUCCUGGAUCCUUUGCUGUCGCUCGAGGCUCAGGUGGCAUCGGUGGCCCGGAGUGCCUUCUAUCAGCUUUGGCUGGUGGCCCAGCUACGCCCCUAUCUGGACAGGGAUAGCCUAACUACUGUUGUCUGUGCUCUGGUAACCUCAAGGUGGUUGUUGUUGUUGUUUAGUUUAGGAAGGGCCAGAGCUUGGGAUACAAGGAGACUGCAAUUUCUGUCCUGUCCUGCUUUCGUUGCAAUAUACACUGUUUCCAUUCAGCUACAGUUCGGUUUCUGCUAAAACCAUUUUGCUACCCACUGAAGUUACCAUAAUGAAUUGUGUCGGGCAAGUCAACCAAGCCUUAUGAGGAACGGUUGAAGGAGUUGGGUAUGCUUAGCCUGGACAAAAAAAGACUGGGAAGCGAUAGAAUUGUUGUUGCUGUUUAGUCAUUUAGUCGUGUCCGACUCUUCGUGACCCCCUGGACCAGAGCACGCCAGGCACUUCUGUCUUCCACUGCCUCCUGCAGUUUGGUCAAACUCAUGCUGGUAGCUUCGAGAACACUGUCCAACCCUCUCAUCCUCUGUGGUCCCCUUCUCCUUCUGCCCUCCAUCUUUCCCAGCAUCAGGGUCUUUUCCAGGGAGUCUUCUCUUCUCAUGAGGUGGCCAAGUCUUGGAGCUUCAGCUUCACGAUCUGUCCUUCCAGUGAGCACUCAGGGCUGAUUUCCUUCAGAAUGGAGAGGUUUGAUCUUCUUGCAGUCCAUGGGACUCUCCAGAGUCUCCUCCAGCACCACAAUUCAAAAGCAUCAAUUCUUCGGCGAUCAGCCUUCUUGAUGGUCCAGCUCUCACUUCCAUACAUCACUACUGGGAAAACCAUAGCUUUAACUAUACGGACCUUUGUUGGCAAGGUGAUGUCUCUGCUUUUAAGAUGCUGUCUAGGUUUGUCAUUGCUUUUCUCCCAAGAAGCAGGCGUCUUUUAAUUUCGUGGCUGCUGUCACCAUCUGCAGUGAUCAUGGAGCCCAAGAAAGUAAAAUCUCUUACUGCCUCCAUUUCUUCCCCUUCUAUUUGCCAGGAGGUGAUGGGACCAGUGGCCAUGAUCUUCGUUUUUUGAUGUUGAGCUUCAGACCAUAUUUUGCGCUCUCCUCUUUCACCCUCAAUAAAAGGUUCUUUAAUUCCUCCUCACUUUCUGCCAUCAAGGUUGUGUCAUCUGCAUAUCUGAGGUUGUUGAUAUUUCUUCCGGCAAUCUUAAUUCCGGUUUGGGAUUCAUCCAGCCCAGCCUUUCGCAUGAUGAAUUCUGCAUAUAAGUUAAAUAAGCAGGGAGACAAUAUACAGCCUUGUUGUACUCCUUUCCCAAUUUUGAACCAAUCAGUUGUUCCAUAUCCAGUUCUAACUGUAGCUUCUUGUCCCACAUAGAGAUUUCUCAGGAGACAGAUGAGGUGAUCAGGCACUCCCAUUUCUUUAAGAACUUGCCAUAGUUUGCUGUGGUCGACACAGUCAAAGGCUUUUGCAUAGUCAAUGAAGCAGAAGUAGAUGUCUUUCUGGAACUCUCUAGCUUUCUCCAUAAUCCAGCGCAUGUUUGCAAUUUGGUCUCUGGUUCCUCUGCCCCUUCGAAAUCCAGCUUGCACUUCUGGGAGUUCUCGGUCCACAUACUGCUUGAGCCUUCCUUGUAGAAUUUUAAGCAUAACCUUGCUAGCGUGUGAAAUGAGUGCAAUUGUGCGGUAGUUGGAGCAUUCUUUGGCACUGCCUUUCUUUGGGAUUGGGAUGUAGACUGAUCUUCUCCAAUCCUCUGGCCACUACUGAGUUUUCCAAACUUCCUGGCAUAUUGAGUGUAGCACCUUAACAGCAUCAUCUUUUACAAAUUUAAAUAGUUCAGCUGGAAUACCAUCACUUCCACUGGCCUUGUUAUUUGCAGUGCUUUCUAAGGCCCAUUUGACUUCACUCUCCAGGAUGUCUGGCUCAAGGUCAGCAACCACACUACCUGGGGUGUACGAGACAUCCAUAUCUUUCUGGUAUAAUUCCUCUGUGUAUUCUUGCCACCUCUUCUUGAUGUCUUCUGCUUCUGUUAGGUCCUUACCACUUUUGUCCUUUAUUAUGGUAAUCUUUGUACGAAAUGUUCCUUUCAUAUUUCCGAUUUUCUUGAACAGAUCUCUGGUUCUUCCCAUUCUGUUGUUUUCCUCUAUUUCUUUGCAUUGCUCGUUUAAGAAGGCCUUCUUGUCUCUCCUUGCUAUUCUUUGGAAAUCUGCAUUCAAUUUCCUGUAUCUUUCACUAUCUCCCUCGCAUUUUGCUUGCCUUCUCUCCCCGCUCUUAGGAAGGCCUCGUUGGACAGCCACUUUGCUUUCUUGCAUUUCUUUUUCAUUGGGAUGGUUUUAGUUGCUGCCUCCUGUAUAAUGUUGCGAGCCUCCACCCAUAGUUCUUCAGGCACUCUGUCCACCAAAUCUAAAUCCUUAAACCUGUUCCUCACUUCCACUGUGUAUUCAUAAGGGAUUUGGUUUAGAUUGUAUCUUACCGGCCCAGUGGUUUUUCCUACUUUCUUCAGUUUAAGCUUGAAUUUUGCUAUAAGAAGCUGAUGAUCUGAGCCACAGUCAGCUCCAGGUCUUGUUUUUGCUGACUGUAUAGAGCUUCUCCAUCUUUGGCUGCAGAGAAUAUAAUCAAUCUGAUUUCGAUGUUGCCCAUCUGGUGAUGUCCAUGUGUAGAGUCGUCUCUUGUGUUGUUGGAAAAGUGUGUUUGUGAUGACCAGCUUGUUCUCUUGGCAGAACUCUAUUAGCCUUUGCCCUGCUUCAUUUUGAUCUCCAAGGCCAAACUUGCCAGUUGUUCCUUUUAUCUCUUGAUUCCCUACUUUAGCAUUUCAAUCCCCUAUAAUGAGAAGAACAUCCAUCUUUGGUGUCACUUCUCUAAGGUCUUGUAAGUCUUCAUAGAAUUGGUCAAUUUCAGUUUCUUCAGCACCAGUAGUUGGCGCAUAAACUUGGAUUACUGUGAUGUUAAAAGGUCUGCCUUGGAUUCGUAUCGAGAUCAUUCUAUCAUUUUUGAGAUUGCAUCCCAGUACAGCUUUCGCCACUCUUUUGUUGACUAUGAGGGCCACUCCAUUUCUUUUACGGGUUUCUUGCCCACAGUAGUAGAUAUGAUAGUCAUCCGAACUGAAUUUGCCCAUUCCCGUCCAUUUUAGUUCACUGAUGCCCAGGAUGUCAAUAUUUAUUCUUGCCAUCUCAUUUUUGACCACAUCCAACUUACCCAGGUUCAUGGUUCUUACAUUCCAGGUUCCUAUGCAAUAUUUUUCUUUACAGCAUUGGACUUUCCUUUCGCUUCCAGGCAUAUCUGCAACUGAGCGUCCUUUCGGCUUUGGCCCAGCCGCUUCAUCAGCUCUGAAUCUACUUGUACUUGUCCUCUGCUCUUCCCCAGUAGCAUGUUGGACGCCUUCCGACCUGAGGGGCUCAUCUUCCAGCAUCAUAACUUUUAUAUGCCUGUUGUCUUUGUCCAUGGGGUUUUCUUGGCAGGGAUACUGGAGUGGCUUGCCAGUUCCUCCUCCAGGUGGAUCACGUUUGGUCAAAACUCUCCACUAUGACCUGUCCAUCUUGGGUGGCCCUGCACGGCAUAGUUCAUAGCUUCUCUGAGUUCUUCAAGCCCCUUCGCCACGGCAAGGCAGUGAUCCAUGAAGGGGCAAGAUUACAUUACCGCAAUGCAUUAAAUGUAGGGCUGCCCCUGAAGACUGCUUGGAAAUUUUGGCUGGUGCAGAAUUUGGAAGCCAGGUUGCUCAAGAUGGUGUGAGCAUUUAUCACCGAUUCUGCCUGCCACUUAGUUUCCAGGCCCAAUUCAAAGUGCUGGUUAUGACCUAUAAAGCCUCAGGACCUCAAUUCCUCAAGGACCACCUCUCCCCAUAAGAAUAGUUCCAGACCCUGCAAUCAUCAUCAGAGGCCCUUCUUUGUGUGCCACCUCCUCCUCGAGAAGUCCGGAGGUUUGCAACACAAGAAAGAGCCUUUUCUGUGAUGGCCCCCUGUUUGUGGAAUGCUGUCCCCAGAGAGACUCACCUGGUGCUAUCAUUACAUGUCUUUAGGUGCCAGGUGGAAACAUUCCUCUUUACCCAUACCUUCGGCCGUUAAAUAAUCUAUGGCCUGUUAAAUGGGGGUGGGGGGGGAGGACUGUUAUUAUUUAAGCUGUAUUUUAGUUAACUGUUUUUGAUUUUUUCUUUUACACUUUAUUGUAAUUUAUUUUUGGUGUUAGCCGCCCUGAGCCCGGCCCUGGCCGGGGAGGGCAGGUUAUAAAUAAAACAUCAUCAUCAUCAUCAUCAUUAUUAUUAUAUUUUAUUAUUCUGUGUUAGAGGGGUUUUUUCUUCUGGUGGCAGACGACAGAACCACGAGACCGGUGUAAAACACUCAAGCAAAGGUUUUAUUACAGCUAUACAAAAACAAGAACACAAAGCAUGUGGCUGUUCUCUCUUUGCAGGCAAAUUCAAACUGCAACUUCUCCUCCUUUUGUACUCAUCACUAGCUGUACCUAAUCAGCCUAGAAAACCUCUCACAGAAACCGUUCUUAAAGUUACAAUCAUCUUCUCUGUUUCUUUGCAUAAUGACUCCUAACAUUCUGUUCAUUAUGUUCUUAAUGUUGUGCACUUCCAUGGGACCUUUGGAUAAAGGGCAGUCUAUAAACCAAGCAAACAAUAACUAAAUACAGUGGUACCUCGGGUUACAGACGCUUCAGGUUACAGGCGCUUCAGGUUACAGACUCCGCUAACCCAGAAAUAUUACCUCAGGUUAAGAACUUUGCUUCAGGAUGAGAACAGAAAUCGUGCUCCGGCGGCGUGGCGGCAGCGGGAGGCCCCAUUAGCUAAAGUGGUGCUUCAGGUUAAGAACAGUUUCAGGUUAAGAACGGACCUCCGGAACAAAUUAAGUUCUUAACCUGAGAUACCACUGUAACUCUGUAGUCGCAGGCCCAGGUAAUUUAGCUCAUGUAUAUUCCUCUAUGAGGACUAGACGCUUGUUUUAAAAGGGACGGGGUUUGUUCUGUCGGUGCAAGCAUUUCAGUUUGUCAGGCAGAACAAUCUCACUUCUCUUCCCUUGCACACUGAGCCAAUUGUGGGGGGCAUUGCGUGUGUGUUUGUGUGGCGGCGGCAGGGAGUAGAAGCAGAAAGCCCCAUUUGCAAACAGAAGUAAUAGCCCAGGGCUUCCAAUGAUUACAGUAUUUUUCGCUCUAUAGGACGCACUUUUUCCCCUCCAAAAAUUAAGGGGAAAUGUGUGUGCGUCCUAUGGAGUGAAUGCAGGCUCCUUGGCUUCAGCGAAAGCAACGCGAAGCCUCCGGAGCGUGGAGGGAGCGCUCCCUCUGCGCUUCGGAGGCUUCGCGUUGCUAUCGCUGAAGCCUGGAGAGCGAGAGGGGUCGGUGCGCACCGACCCCUCUCGCUCUCCAGGCUUCAGGGAUAGCCGCCUGAAGCCUUUGAAGUGCAGCGGGACUUGCGCUGCGCUCCAAAGACUUCGGGUUCCUUUUGCUGAAGCCGGGAGAGCAAGACUCUCCCGGCUUCAGCAGAGAGGGAGAGCUGCGCAGCUCCCCUUCAGCCAAACGAGAGGAGAAAUGGAAGGGGCUCCGUUUCUCCUGCCGCUUCGCUGAAGGGGCGCUGAGCAGAGAGGGGGAGAUUUUUUUUUCUUGUUCUCCCCCUCUAAAACAAGGUGCGUCCUAUGGUCCGGUGCAUCCUAUAGAGCGAAAAAUAUGGUAGAUGAAUCUCUCCCAUAAAACUGGGCCAGCCAGAUGCAGAAAUCUGUGCCUGUGUCACAGAAGUACAAAUGUGCAGAAUUAUAAUAUAUAAUUCGGCCAAACAAGGAUCGAUACCAGAUAUUUGGUUUGGCGACGACCCAGUUGGGAACAGCGAGGGCGGAAGCAGUCAAAAAACACCGUUCUUCCUUCACCGUGAUCAGUAGCAACUUGGUAACUACUAAGGAGAGCCAGUGUGGUGUAGUGGUUAAGAGCGGUGGACUUGUAAUCUGGUGAACCGGGUUCGCUUCCCCGCUCCUCCACAUGCAGCUGCUGGGUGACCUUGGGCCAGUCACACUUCUCUGAAGUCUCUCAGCCCCACUCACCUCACAGAGUGUUUGUUGUGGGGGAGGAAGGGAAAGGAGAAUGUUAGCUGCUUUGAGACUCCUUAAAGGUAAAGGGACCCCUGACCAUUAGGUCCAGUCGUGGCCGACUCUGGGGUCGCUUUACUGGCCGAGGGAGCCGGUGUACAGCUUCCGGGUCAUGUGGCCAGCAUGACUAAGCCACUUCUGGUGAACCAGAGCAGCGCACGGAAACGCCUUUUACCUUCCCGUCGGAGCGGUACCUAGGGUAGUGAUAAAGCGGGAUAUCAAAUCCAAACUCCUCCUCUUCCUCCUCCUCUUCUCCUCCUUCUUCUUCUUAAUGUGCUUUGCUUAAUUUCAGAUGUACUAAACGAUGCCAUAUUUGAUGAGGAUCACGACGAAAUGGUGAUCGUGAAGGACAUAGACAUGUUCUCGAUGUGCGAGCACCACCUGGUUCCAUUUGUGGGAAAGGUAAUUUUUGACUUCCAUCACCCUUUCUCACUUUUUUUAAAAAAAACCAACCACGCACACAGAAUGAGCAGGCGUAUGAAUCUGAAUGUUUGGUUCACCAAAGCCUUUAGGGAUUCCAUCAGCAAGUUAUCGCAGAAUCGCAGAAUCAAAGAGCCGAAAGUUACCCGCAGGGGUCAUCUCUUCCAUCUCUCCCCUGUCAUUCAGGGAUCCCAGCUAAAGCAGCCAUGGCAGAUGGAUGAAAAGGAGUGAAAAAAUGGAAAAGUAACACAGGCAACGUCUACGUGUCUGGGUAGACUUGUCUGAACAAAAAUGUUUUAAGCGGGUGCCUUCUUGAUGCAUGUUUGUUGUGGGAUUAGCUGUGUGAAGAUGAUUGUCAUUGUCUCAUUGAUCUUUAAUAAUAAUAAUAAUAAUAAUAAUAAUAAAUUUUCUUUAUACCCCGCCCUCCCCGGCCAAAGCCGGGCUCAGGGCGGCUAACACCAGUAAAAUUACAGUAAAAACAUAAUAGGAAAAAAACCUAAUUUAAAAUACAGGUUAAAAUGCAAUUUAAAAUGCAGCCUCAUUUUAAAAGUAGCCCAUAGAGCAAAUCCAAAAGGGGAGGGAAACAUAAGGAUCAGACUGAGUCCAAACCAAAGGCCAGACGGAACAGCUCUGCCUUGCAGGCCCUGCGGAAAGAUGUCAAGUCCCGCAGGGCCCUAAUCUCUUGUGACAGAGCGUUCCACCAAGUCGGGGCCACUGCUGAAAAGGCCCUGGCCCUAGUUGAGAUCAAUCUAACUUCCUUGAGGCUCAGGACUUCCAAAAUGUUGUCAUUUGUGGACCUUAAGGUCCUCCGCGGGGCAUACCAGGAGAGGCGGUCCCGUAGGUAUGUGGGUCCUAGGCCGCAUAGGGCUUUAAAGGUCAAAACCAGCACCUUAAACCUGACCCUGUACUCCACCGGGAGCCAGUGCAGUUGGUAAAGCACUGGAUGAAUGUGAUCCCACAGCAAGGACCCCGUAAGGAGCCUUGCAGCGGCAUUCUGCACCCACUGGAGUUUCUGGGUCAGCUUCAAGGGCAGCCCCGUGUAGAGCGAAUUACAGUAGUCAAGCCUGGAGGUGACCAUUGCAUGGAUCACUGUGGCCAAAUCAGGGCGAGAAAGGUAAGGGACCAACUGCCUGAUAUGGCGGAGAUGAAAAAUGCCACCUUUGCUGGGGCUGCAACCUGCACCUCCAUGGAAAGGAAGGCAUCAGAGGUUACACCUAAGAAGGCGCUGGCACUAAUUGAGCCCCCGCAUGAUUGAUUUGCUUGUAAAUCCCGCCUUUUCCCUCCCAGGAGCUCAAGGAGACAUACAUGGUUCUCCCUCUCCCCAUUCAAUCCACACAACAACCCUGUGAGGUAGGCUAGGCUGAGAGGAGGCAGUGAUCAGGCCCAAAGUCACACCUAGUGAGCUUCAUGGCUGAGUGGGGGGAUUUGAACCCUGGUCUCUCCCAGGUUCCAGUCUGAAACUCUUAACCCAGCGUUUCCCAAACUUGAGUCUUCUGCUGGUUUGGACUACAACUCCCAUCAUCCCUAGCUAGCGGGACCAGUGGUCAGGGAUGAUGGGGGUCGUAGUUCAAAAAAACCUGGAGAAACAGCUUGGGUAACCCUACUCUAACCACUACAACACAGGGCUGUCUUUCUGGUCCUCAUGGAACACUACUUGGGUAGUGUUUGGUAUUGUGUGAGAAGUAAGUGUUGACCUUAGCCACAUGGGGGCAAGCCAAGGGCUUCAUUGCCUGUUAGUUUUGCCUGCGGCUCUGUUUCACCUGCGGGACACAGGUGGCGCUGUGGGUUAAACCACAGAGCCUAGGGCUUGCCGAUCAGAAGGUCGGCAGUUCGAAUCCCCGCAACAGGGUGAGCUCCCGUUGCUCGGUCCCUGCUCUUGCCAACCUUGCAGUUCGAAAGCAGGUCAAAGUGCAAGUAGAUAAAUAGGUACCUCUCUGGCGGGAAGGUAAACGGCGUUUCCGUGCGCUGCUCUGGUUCGCCAGAAGCGGCUUAGUCAUGCUGGCCACAUGACCCGGAAGCUGUACGCCGGCUCCCUCGGCCAAUAAAGCGAGAUGAGCGCCGCAACCCCAGAGUCGGCCACAACUGGACCUAAUGGUCAAGAGUCAGGAGUCCUGUUUCACCUGCGGCUGAAUUUUCUGCAAAUUUUAAGACAUCGCUGCCGAAUUUGCUGCCCAGAAUUGCCACCCGGAACCGAGCGAAUGCUGGUGCAGAGCUCAGCACUGAUCUAGCCGGCAACUGGCAUCUGGGUCAUAGCUGUCAACGUUUCCCCUUUUUAAAGGAAAAUUUCCUUAUUCCGAACAGGAUUCCUCGCAAGAAAGGGGAAAAGUUGACAGCUAUAGUCUGGGUGGGUGGGGCUCAGUGUUGGCAGACAGCUUUUCCAGUGCUGGAUUCAGAAACCCAGACUCAGGAGCCAAGGAAACCCGAAUUGCGUAAAAGAGGAUAAAUGGCACGAGUUGAAAUUGCGUCUCUUCUGUCAUUUAGUACAAUUUGCUUUGCUUCAAAGCGAGUUUUGCAAGGAAGGGGGAGGUGGUAAGCAGAGGAAGGCUCAAGCUGUUUCCAGGACGCGAAAGCGUAAGUUGCUUGUUGCACAUUCAAGAACCAGGUUUUUAGAAAGUGGGUGAUGUGUGUGUGGAGAGAAAGAGAGAGAGAGUCUCUCUGAUGUCUCCCUGCAAAUCCUCCCGGUGCUGUUUCUGGAGACCUUUCCUUGCCGAAGUCUUUGCCGACUUCCCUCUGGAAAGGUUGCCCCCACUGUCUUUGCACUGGUCUCGCCUCCUUCAUCAUAGCUUCUGACAUUUCAUUUCAAAGCCCUUCGUACCAGCAGCCUUCCUCGAGGGCAGACGUCUGUGCAUUAAACCUGAUUACCCUGGACAUAAGCUCUGAUCUCUUCCAGGUCACACGAACCGUCAGUUAAAAAGGCAGCAUCGCAGGAGCACAGAACCUGCUGUGAGCAAUAAACUUCUGCUUUAUUCCGCCCCCCUCUGUUUUUUAUAUUUUUUUAAAAAGAGAAGCUUUUUCCAAAAGAUUCAAAAGUUCUGGAUGCUGGGAGUUCAGAAUCUAAUCUGUGCUCAGAUUUAUUAUUAUUAUUUGUUAUUAUUAUUAAUACUACUACACAAUCAGGAAAGAGCUGGGGAAGCAAAAGGACUCUUCCCCCAUCACUGUGGGAGGAAAUAAUAAUAAUAAUUUAUUAUUUGUACCCCGCCCAUCUGGCUGGGUUUCCCCAGCCACUCUGGGCGGCUUCCACAGAGACCAAAAAUACACUAAAAUGUCACACAUUAAGAACUUCCCUGAACAGGUAGAGAGGAAGCAGGAUAGUGCCCCAAAUCCCUGGCAAGGCCUUGAGCCUUCUAGCAUGAUUAUGGUUUAAUUACUGUCUACCAGCUUCACCUGGUACGCAGGCUGAGACCCUAUCUGCCCGCGGACUGUCUCGCCAGAGUGGUGCAUGCUCUGGUUAUCUCUCGCUUGGACUACUGCAAUGCGCUCUAUGUGGGGCUACCUUUGAAGGUGACCCGGAAACUGCAACUAAUCCAGAAUGUGGCAGCUAGACUGGUGACUGGGAGCGGCCCCUGAGACCACAUAACACCGGUCCUGAAAGACCUACAUUGGCUCCCAGUACAUUUCCGAGCACAAUUGAAAGUGUUGGUGCUGACCUUGAAAGCCCUAAACGACCUCGGUCCAGUAUACCUGAAGGAGCGUCUCCACCCCCAUUGUUCUGCCCAGACACUGAGGUCCAGCGCCGAGGGCCUUCUGGCGGUUCCCUCACUGUGAGAAGUGAGGUUACAGGGAACCAGGCAGAGGGCCUUCUCGGUGGUGGCGCCCGCCCUGUGGAAUGCCCUCCCAUCAGAUGUCAAGGAAAUAAAAAACUACCUGACUUUUAGAAGGCACCUGAAGGCAGCCCUGCUUAGGGAAGUUUUUAAUGUUUGAUGUUUUAUUGUGCUUUUAAUAUUCUGUUUGGAGCUGCCCAGUGUGGCUCAAAAUAAAUUAUUAUUUUUAUUGUUGUUAUUAUUAUUAUUAUUAUUGCUUACACGACAUGGUCAGGGUGCAUUGUAGCCAAAAAGCGGGGCAGGUCCAUGCCUCAAUGAACUUAACAAUCCAAAAUGAAACACUCUGGGACUGGGACCAAGAGGACCAGAGAUACAAUAACAAUUGGAAUAAAUUUACUGAAUAUAUAAAGGAGAACAACAAAAAUAUUAAGACACUAGCAGGACUAGAAUAACACCUCCAAUGUAAUACAGUAGAGUUAUGACAAUAAUAUACGCAAAAAGUAUGUGAUGUAUAUACCAGCGGUCGGGAGGGAGGGAAGUCAGGACUUGGCAGAGUCAAAGGGAUUAUAAUGUGACAAUAAGGAUUUUUGGAAAAAGAAUUAAUAAUAAUAAUAAUAAUUUAUUAUUUGUACCCUGCCCAUCUGGCUGGGUUUCCCCAGCCACUCUGGGCGGCUUCCACAAAGACCAAAAAUACACUAAUAUGUCAUACAUUAAAAACUUCCCUGAACAGGGCUGCCUUAAGAUGUAUUCUCAAUGUCAGGUAGUUGUUUAUCUCUUUGACAUCUGAUGGGAGGGCGUUCCACAGGGUGGGCGCCACCACCGAGAAGGCCCUCUGCCUGGUUCCCUGUAGCUUUGCUUCUUGCAAUGAGGGAACCGCCAGAAGGCCCUCGGCGCUGGACCUCAGCAUCCGGGCAGAACGAUGGGGGUGGAGACGCUCCUUCAGGUAUACUGGGCAACAAUUACAUGUUGAAAACAAUAAAAAUUUAUUUGCAAAAUGAAACACUCUGGAAACGAGGCAGAGAUAAACAGGGAAUCAACAUGCAAAGUGACUUUUUUUGUUUUUAGAAGAUCACUUUUGUGCACAGGCUUAGUUAUGGUCAGGCAUGAGAAACGAGGGUGGAGGCUGUAUUUGGCCCCAUCUGCAUUCCACAUUAGAAGCAGUUUAGUACCACUUUAAACAAUCGUGGCUUCCCCCAAAGUCUGAAACUCCAGAGAGCUGUUGCCAGUCAGUGCAGACAAUAUUGAGGAAAAUGGGCCAGUGGUCCGACUCUGUCUAAGGCAGCUUCUUGCAUCGCUCAGGCUACAGCCAAGAAGUCCUCAAUGGCAACCACGAUUGUGGAUUUCUUUCUGGGGCUUGGCAGCAGCUGACUUCUGCUCUGGAAAAGAAGAGUUUUUUGGGGGGUAUUUACUUUCUGCUCUCCAGCCAGAAAAGCCCCCAAACUUGGGCUCUGACGCUUGUUUUUGCUCUUUUCCUCCCUCGUUAAAAUGAUGGCACUGCGGCGCCCGUAAGAUUAUUCUCUUCUCCAGAGAAAGUACAUUCUGUGGCUUUCCUAAUUGUUAUUGUUGUUUUUUUUCUUUCUAAGCAGUUCCAGCUAAUUUGGCAGGGGACAAUUUGUCCCUUCUGGCAGCUCCAUGUUCAGUGGGGCUCUUCCUGAUGCUUUGAUCACACAGACACAACCACUGCCUGUGCCCCCCCCCUCUGGGUACCAGUUGCUGGGAGUCAUCACAAGUAGAGGGGACUGUCUUUUGAACUCGGGUCCUGCUUGUGAGCUCUCCGUCGGGGCAUCUGUGAGAACCCUGAAUGAGACGGCCUUUGGGUCUGAUCCAGCAGCCCAACUCUUCUUAGAGUCUUGAAGAAGCCUUGGCCUUUACAUUUGGAAAUAAAAUAACAUUAAUAAUAAUAAUCUAAUUUAAUAGCUCUUCUCUCUCUCCAGGAGACAUAAGGGAAACGAUUUACGUAAUGGCGAAACUUACCAGAAGCAUCAGAAAUCAAGAUAACAAACUUUUUAUAAAAGAAUGGAAAUGGUUUAUUGAAUAUUUACAGAUAAAUUGUGAACAGAUAAAAACAUUAGCAGGAUUAAUGAAAUUACCUGCCGUUUUAUAAGGGCAUAUAUUUACAGUAGAUAUAUAAGUGAGCAAGUUAAAUGAACUUGAGUAUGCAGAAGACAUAAACAAAUUAAUUUAAGGAACCACAGGAAGAGGGGGAAGGAAGUCAAAAUUCGGAAAUGUUUAGUAAAACUAAUGAAAUGUAUAGAGUUGAAAAAUAUAAAUAAAAAAAGAAAGAAAGAAAGAAAGAAAGAAAGAAAGAAAGGAAGGAAGGAAGGAUUUAUGUAGUUCUGUGUAGGUAUGAGAUUUGCAGAGAUUUUUUUAAAAAAAAUCAUUUGCUAUUAAAGUUUUUCUUGCGUAACAUUUACAGAGAAUCUGCACACCUUUGUGAAGAAGGUUCUUGCAGUCCUUUGCGGUAAGCUGUGGCUGUUCAGGAUAAGCACAGAAAGGCACAGAACCUUCUGCCUUAUUCCACCCCCUUUUUUUUUAAAAAAAAAGCUUUUUCCAAAGGAUGCAAAAGUUCUGGAGGCUGGGACUAUCAAUGGCUCUGAGUCCUGAUGGCCAGGAUCUGCCCUCCAGACCUGGAGGCAGUAAUGAUUCUGAAGACCAGUUUCUGCAAAUCGCAGGAGGGGAGAGACGCUCUUGUUUUUGAAUCCUGAUUGCGGCUGUUCCACGGGCAUUUGGUUGGCCACUGUGAGAAUAGGUUGCUGGACCAGGUAGACUGCUGGCCUGAUCCAGCAGUCUUUUAUGUUCUUAUGACCCAUUGAAGUCCUCAGCUUUUAAAAAAUCAGCUGCGUGCACCAGCGUGUCAAAUGGAUUUGUGUCGCCGUUCUUUGACCUCCAAGUACAGUGGACGCUGAGGUUGCGAACGUGAUCCGUGCGGAAAGCAUGUUCUCAACCCGCAGCGGCGCGUCUACGCACGCGCGGGUUGCGCUUCAGCACUUCUGCACAUGCGCAAAGCGCAAUUUAGUGCUUCUGCGCAUGCACGACCGCCGAAACCCAGAAGUACCGUAUUUUUCGCUCUAUAAGAUGCACUUUUCCCCUCCUAAAAAGUAAGGGGAAAUGUGUGUGCGUCUUAUGGAGGGAAUGCAGGCUGCGCAGCUAUCCCAGAAGCCAGAACAGCAAGAGGGAUCGCUGCAGGGAGAGCCUUCAUCCCACUGCCCUGAAGAGGCUUUGCACGGCUAUCCCAGAAGCCAGAACAGCGGCGCAGCGAUCCCUCUUGCUGUUCUGGCUUCUAGGAUUCAGAAUAUUUUUUUUUCUUGUUUUCCUCCUCCAAGAACUAGGUGCGUCUUAAAGUCUGGUGCAUUUUAUAGAGCGAAAAAUACAGUAACCUGUUCUGGUACUUCCGGGUUUCGGCGGUCCACAACCCAAAAAACACACACAACCUAAAGCGUCUGUAACCCAAGGUAUGACUGUAAACUUCUCGGCUUUUUUGGAAGCCCACGUUGAAUUAUUUCUGUUUGCCCCUUCCCUUCUUUACAGGAAGGAGGGACAAACGGGAAGUGAGUUCACUGAGCAUGUUGACUUUUCUGUUCCUUCUCGGCCUCUUAACACAGCUCGCAUGGCCAUUAUUUGCUCUUCCCCGCACAGGCUAAAAAGCGCACUCCUGGGUCAUGUUUGAUCUGGCAUGGAUGCACAUGCACGAACCCCCAGGUCUUGCCCGACAGCCACGCACCUGUGUGAUCUGUUUCAUGACUUUCCCCCAUCCUUCCUCCCUCCCUCUCUUAGGUGCACAUAGGCUACCUCCCUAACAAACAGGUGCUGGGACUCAGCAAGCUGGCAAGGUAAGAACCUCCAGGUAAUUAAAGUAAUGCUGUCUGCUAAAUUGGAUUGCCUUGAGUGGAGUGUGUUUAGCUGCAUAAUCUGACCCUUUUCCAAGUCCCAGGAAGCUGUGCUGUUGUGUGUUAGCCUCCUAGUCUGGGGCAAGACUCACCUGCGAAAAGGAUGCUUGCAGCUGUGAGCCUCUGUGCAGAACACAUCAGUUCAUGACGGACGGAUGCCCUGACAGACUGAUUGUGUUAGUGCUACGCUGAAUUCCUCCCUGUGCAAUUUUGAUAGGUGUGUUGUUGUUGUUUAGUCAUUUAGUCGUGUCCAACUCUUCGUGACCCCAUGGAUCAGAGCACGCCAGGCACUCCUGUCUUCCACUGCCUCCCACAGUUUGGACAGACUCAUGCUGGUAGCUUCGAGAGCACUGUCCCACCAUCUCGUCCUCUGUCGUCCCCUUCUCCUUGGGCCCUCCAUCUUUCCCAACAUCAGGGUCUUUUCCAGGGAGUCUUCUCUUCUCAUGAGGUGGCCAAAGUCUUGGAGCCUCAGCUUCAGGAUCUGUCCUUCCAGUGAGCACUCAGGGCUGAUUUCCUUCAGAAUGGAGAGGUUUGAUCUUCUUGCAGUCCAUGGGACUCUCAAGAGUCUCCUCCAGCACCAGAAUUCAAAAGCAUCCAUUCUUCGGCGAUCAGCCUUCUUUAUAGGCCAGCUUUCACUUCUAUGCAUCACUACUGGGAAAACCAUAGCUUUUACUAUAUGGACCUUUGUUGGCAAGGUGAUGUCUCUACUUUUUAAGAUGCUGUCUAGGUUUGUCAUUGCUUUUUGAUAGGUGUAUGUUGGCCAAUAUUACAGCCUUCUUUUUUUCAAUUUUUAAAAUUAAUUUUCCAAAUUUAAGUCGAACACACAAAAAGAAAAAACAAUACAGUAUUAGAAAUACAAACAUAUAAACACCUUACUGUUAAAGGUCCAAUUUAGUUUACAUUGUUAAAUGACAUCCUCAAAUCCCUCCUGACUGACUUUCAGUAAAUCUCAUUGUAACAGUUUUCCAAUAUCUAUUUUCCAAAAUUUUCUUAUUCUAAUGUCUAUCUUCCUUCCUUUUCAUAAUAUUUUCAGUCCAUAAUGUUAUAAAAUUCGACAUAUUUUAAUCCUCGACCAAUUUGGUAUUUACAAGUGAUUCUACUUAUGUUAUAUUCGAAUAUCUAGCUAAAUAGUCUGUCAGGGAACUGCCAUCAGUGUCCGAGGAAGAGAGCAAGCUCCAAAGGGAUCCCAGAGAGCGUCCCGGGAGUGGGAGAGGCAGCCCGUCUUCUGGGGAAGAGAAUCAACGUAGCUCCAGUGGAGAAGGGGGGCAGAUGGGGGAAUCGGCGAGGCGGUCCCAUGACUCCUUGCCGGGGACCAGCGGGGAGAGGAAGGGUCCUCCGCUGCCUACGCUCUCCUUGCGCAGGAGAGAGUAGGAGGAGACUUGGUGUCAAAGAGCUUCUUUGCUGGAAGAAGUUUAAGAAACGCCCACUGACGGAUUCUGCCAGCGAUUGAGACAGUCACGGGCGAGUGGCUGCCCGGACAGGAAAGGUUCACUCAGGCAACCCAGCCAGGUGUUUGCACUGGCUUACGCACGAGCAACCCCUAGAACCAUUACAUAGUCCUUCAAUUUCUUCCACUCUUCUUGAUGUUCCUCUUCCUUCUGAUUGCGGAUUAUUCCAGUCAGGUCGGCCAGAUGCUCAAAAAAGUCCAACCUCUUCAUCUGCCAUUCUUCCACUGUUGGUAUUUCUUGCGAUUUCCAAUUUUUGGCUAACAAAAUUAUUGCUGUAUUUGUGGCAUACAAAAACGAUCUAACAUCUUUUUUGGGCAAUUCCAGUCCUAUUAUUCCAAGUAGAAAGGCUUCUGGUUUCUUAAUAAAUGUCUAUUUUAACACUUUUUUCAAUUCAUUAUAAAUCUUUUCCCAGAAACCUUUCACCUUGGGACACGUCCACCACAUAUGGUAAAAGUGCCUUCUUUUUCUCUACACUUCCAACAUGAAUUAUCAUUCGUAUGGUAGAUCUUUGCUAGUUUUACUGGGGUUAAGGACCAUCUACUCUUUUCAUAAUAUUCUCUUUUAGUACAGUGCAUGCGAUAAACUUAACCCCUUUCUUCCACAAUCUUUCCCAAUCUUCAAACAUUAUAUUGUGUCCAACAUCUCUUGCCCAAUCUAUCAUCACAGAUUUAACUUGUUCAUCCUUUGUAUGCCACUCCAACAAUAAAUUAUACAUUUUAGAUAGGUUUUUGACAUUAGGAUCUAACAACUCCGUUUCCAAUUUGGUUUUUCCAAUGCAAAACCAUUUUUCUUGUCAAGCUUAUACAAUUCAUUGAUCUGAACAUUACAGCCUUUUUUGCCACUUGGUUAAAAGCUCGUCUGCCCAGGCACUGUGUUUUAGUUGAAACAGCUUUCAAGGCUCCUUAGUUUAAUGUCCUUUCUUUGCCUUCCAUCUUUUUGCUGUUGGUCAUUACAUAUCCAUAAGCUGUGCGGAUAGUUUCAUUUUUGUGAAUUGUCCUGGGAUUUUCUGAUACAAAUUCAAUUAUAAAAAAAUGAUUUAAAAUAGCAAACUGCAUGCUAACUUCUUUAAACAGUAAGCCCUCUGAUCACAAUUUGGACUGAUACGGGACUCAGCUACAUUAGUAAAAAGAAACAACCGACAUUUCAAAUUUGUUAUAAACAUGCAACACCAGAUGGCGCCAGAGAGCAAAACAAAUUUGGUGUGAUUUUUACAUAGCGUUUUUUUUCUUUUGAUAUAACGAUUAAAUUUCUGACUUGUUUAUAGUGUUUCCCCCCUUGUCUGUAGAUCCACUCGUGGGCUGCACUGCUUAUGUUGAUUCUCCUGCUUUAAUCAGCAUCUUGAUUAAAUCUGACCUUCCACAUUUCUUUACAGCAACUGUUUGCUGGUUUGAUUUGAUUUCUAUACCACCCAAUAUAUUAGAAAUGUCUCUAAGCAGUGUACAAAAAAACCGAAGCAGCAACAAGGAACUCAAUUUUUUUUUGCUUACAAAAAUACAGAUGUAAAUAUAAAACUGUAACAUUAAUACAAAGUUACUAAUAUGUGUAAAUCAAUAUCAAUUCCUUUUCCUUCUAACCCAUCCUCUGGGUUCCCACUAAGGGUCCAAACAGCCUCUCAGCUCACCCACAAAAAUCUCACCAUGACAAAAGUUCCUGGAAACAGUGGACAUCACCCCAGAUUUGCUUUUUAUGGGCAGGCCAUAAAAGGUAGAUGGUUCUUACUGCCCAUAGCUGCCAUUCAGCGCAAUCCCACACCCAGUUCCAGGUGGGAGAGGGGCUGUUGUGCUGUUGGCCUGGUUGGGGGUUCCCCAGAGGCGAAUACUGGUGGUGCUGUGGUCUAAACCACUGAGCCUCUUGGGCUUGCCAAUCAGAGGGUUGGCAGUCCGACUCUCCACCACGGGGUGAGCUCCCUUUUCGCUGUCCCAGCUCCUGCCAACCUAGCAGUUCGAAAGCAUCCCAGCGCAAGUAGAUAAAUAGGUACCGCUCCGGCGGGAAGGUAAACAGCAUUUCCAUGCGCUCUGGUUUCCGUCCCGGUGUCCCAUUGUGCGUUUCCGUGCACUCUGGUUUCCGUCCCGGUGUUCUGUUACGCCAGAAACGGUUCAGUCCUGCCGGCCACAUGAUCCGUAAAGCUGUCUGCGGACAAACUCUGACUCCCUUGGCCUGAAAGCGAGAUGAGCGCCGCAACCCCAGAGUCGCCUUUGAUUGGACAUAACAGUCCAGGGGUCCUUUAUUUUUAUCUUUACGCCCGAUAUACCUGAUUGGCCAUGUUGGAGCAUCACAAGAGACCUGCUGGAUCAAGCCCAUCUAGUCCAGCAUCCUGCUCUCACAAGAGCUAGCCAAAUGCCUGUGGGGAAACCCAGAAGCAGGAUCUGACCACAAGAGCCUCCUCUCCUCCUGUGGUUUCAAGCAACUGGUGUUCAGAAGCACUGCUGCCUCUGGCCAUGGAGGGAGAGCAGAGACCUUGAUAGCUCCAUGAAACAGGAUGCAGUGCUGCUCUUUGGUUCCUCAAACCUUGUGGCAGCCUCUCGCCUCUUGUGGUGUAGUGGUUAAGAGCGGUGGACUUGUAAUCUGGUGAACCGGGUUCGCUUCCCCGCUCCUCCACCUGCAGCUGCUGGGUGACCUUGGGCUAGUCACACUUCUCUGAAGUCUCUCAGCCUCACUCACCUCACAGAGUGUUUGUUGUGGGGGAGGAAGGGAAAGGAGAAUGUUAGCUGCUUUGAGACUUCUCAGGGUAGUGAUACUCCUUCAUGGAUCACUGCCUUGCCAUGGCGAAGGAGCUUGAAUAACUCAGAGAAGCUAUGAGCUAUCAUCACUUCCUGGCAAAGAGAAGGGGAAGAAAUGGAGGCAGUGAGAGUUUUUACUUUCUUGGGUUCCAUGAUCACUGCAGAUGGUGACAGCAGCCACGAAAUUAAAAGACGCCUGCUCCUUGGGAGAAAAGCAAUGGCAAACCUAGACAGCAUCUUAAAAAGCAGAGACAUCACUUUGCCAACAAAGGUCCGUAUAGUUAAAGCCAUGGUUUUCCCAGUAGUGAUGUAUGGAAGUGAGAGCUGGACCAUAAAGAAGGCUGAUCGCCAAAGAAUGGAUGCUUUUGAAUUAUGGUGCUGGAGGAGACUCUGGAGAGUCCCAUGGACUGCAAGAAGAUCCAACCUCUCCAUUCUGGAGGAAAUCAGCCCUGAGCGCUCACUGGAAGGACAGAUUGUGAAGCUGAGGCUCCAAGACUUUGGCCACCUCAUGAGAAAAGAAGACUCCCUGGAAAAGACCCUGAUGUUGGGAAAGAUGGAGGGCACAAGGAGCAGGAGGUGACAGAGGACGAGAUGGUUGGACAGUGUUCUGGAAGCUACCAACAUGAGUUUGACCAAACUGUGGGAGGCAGUGGAAGACAGGAAUGCCUGGCGUGCUCUGGUCCAUGGGGUCACAAAGAGUUGGACACGACUAAACAACAACAACAAGGAUAGUCAUAAAGUGGGAUAUCAGAUCCAAACUCCUCCUCCUCCUCUUCUUCUUCCUAGCCUCAAUUUCUUUAUUUUCUUAGUUUGCUACUGACAUCAGUGGGGACUUUCUGGCCUUGUGGCAUUUGGUGAUUCACUUCUCUCUCGGCUUUUGGCUUUCCGGGUGCGGGAACUCUGGAGGGCAGCCUGCAUAAUUGCUGGCUUUUGUCCGUCUCCGGGUGAGCAAAUGCUGAAAUUACCCUCCAGCGUCUCGCCUGCCUUGCGGCGCUUGUCUUCAUCCUCAAGUGUAGGGAGGGAUUCGCUUCAGAUGCAUUUAUCGGCUCCCUGCUCCAGGCCGAUCGAUGGCUUUGCAUCACUCCACAAUUAUCCCCAAAUUGCACAAGCACAGAAAGGACUUUUGGGCAAGAACGGUCUCUCGCGUCUGAUGCUAAUAACGGCACUGAAAACAUGUCAUUUCCUGCACGUCUCCCAGCAGUCAAUAAAUCACUAAACAAUGUUCACCAGCUUGAUUCCUGGCCGGUGCCAGUGAUGUCGUGACAUGACUGAGCUUCAGGGCUAGAGUUUAAAUCUCGCUCUGGCCAUUUAUUCACUGGGUGGCCUUCGGGAAACAGCUGUGCUGUUUGCCAAAUCUGUAAUAUGUGGAAGGAAACAACCCAUACACACAACAGCCCUGUGAGGUAUGUCAAAGCAGUGGCUUUCAAAGCGUGUGGCAUGCCACACUGGUAUGGCAGGAGAUAAUGGUGGGAUGGUUCAAGCACAAUCAAAUACAGAUUUAAACAUUUCAGUGUGGUAUCAGUUUUAUUAUUAUUUGCAGACUAUGGAUAAAUAUCUUUUCAAAACAAAAGCAAGAGCCAUAACUAGUUGCAUUUUCCAAUAUAUUUCUAUUUUAAAAUUGGUGUAGUGCAAACAAAUUUUUAUUCCCAAAGGGUGGCCCAGAAAAAAAAAAGGUUUGGGAAACACUGGCUCAGAGAAACUGGCCUGAAUACUCUCAAUGCUUUGUGGCUUGGCAUGGACUUGAACCCAGGUGUCCCCAUUUUAUUUUAUUAGGAUUUUUAAUUUUUUAAAAGUAAAUUUAUUAUACAUAAAUUUAAACAGUACAAUACAAUACUGUACAUACAGUACAUAUCAUAUCAUACGUACAUACCUGCAAACAUACAUUACUUAUAUACAAGCCCAACCCAGACACACCAUCUGUGUUUGACUUCCCACUCUUCUCAUUGUGCUAUUUUACAAUCUAUUAAUCUGUACGCAUUUCAUUUUUAUUAUUCUGUUUUCUAGACGAGUUUUGCUAUACAUUUCCUCUAUUUUCUAGAUUCAUUCUAUGUCUGUCAGGAGAUCCACCUUAUCCAUAUAAUUUUUAAGAUAUUCUUCGAAAACCAUCCAUUCCUUAUUAACUUUUUGUAUAGUGUUUCCUCUUACUCUCCCUGUUAACUUUGCAAUACAGUCGACUUACAUAUCCCUCUGGAUACAGAAUCUUCGGGAUACUUCUGGGUUUCGCCGUGUGUGCAUGCGCAGAAGCGCUCAGUCGCGCUGUGCGUGUGUGCAAAAGCGUGCCUCUAUUUACGUUAUUUUCGGAGUGCGAACGGACCCCCGGAAUGAAUUAAGUUUGUAUCCAGAGGGUCCACUGUAUGUAAAUAUUUAAUCAUUUUCUCUAACCAGUCUGUGAGCUGGUUAUUUUAACCCGGACACCCUCUCCAUCCACUAUGCUGGCACAGAGGACUUAGGAGACUUGUGGGUGCUGCCUACACUGACUGGCAGCUGCUCCCUAGAGAUUCAGAGAUUUUCCCAUCCCUGUCGGAGGCCUGCCAGCCCCUGGUGCGCACAGAAGCAUCACAUACAGACCAGGCCUCUGGAUCUCGCUUGCUGGGAACUGGAGCAGAGAGAGGGGUUUACUGCCUUCCGGUGGGCUCCUGCUGGAGAGGCGUUGAUGGGCGCAGUAUGCCUCCUGAUCUGAUCCAGUACGCCUCUUAUUCUGCUUUUCUGCUCAUUCACGCAGAGCACUGAUAUUAACUAUACUUCAGUGGGCACGUGAAUGGCAGAUGCCAGGCUCUGCGAUAUGGCUGGACGUUUGUGCCGACAGCUGCCCUUUGGGGCUUUUCCUUGGAAACUGAACUGCAUUAAUUUGCGGAUGUACUGCUUUGGGUCGAAAGGCCUCGUGCACCACAGCCCCACUCACCCACACACCCACCGCCGUUCCCUUCGUACACAUGCAACACACAACUCAGUCUCGCUAUUGAGAGCUGCUUCUUUCCUUUUGCUCUGCCGGCAACUCCGUCUGAUUCCUGGCCUAGUGUCAUUAAAAAAACAAAAACAAAAAACUGAGCAAUCUUGGGAGAAAAGCAAUGACAAACCUAGACAGCAUCUUAAAAAGCAGAGACAUCACCUUGCCGACAAAGGUCCGUAUAGUCAAAGCUAUGGUUUUCCCAGUAGUGAUGUAUGGAAGUGAGAGCUGGACCAUAAAGAAGGCUGAUCGCCGGAGAAUGGAUGCUUUUGAAUUCUGGUGCUGGAGGAGACUCUGGAGAGUCCCAUGGACUGCAAGAAGAUCAAACCUCUCCAUUCUGAAGGAAAUCAGCCCUGAGUGCUCACUGGAAGGACAGAUCCUGAAGCUGAGACUCCAAUACUUUGGCCACCUCAUGAGAAAAUAAGAAAACCCGGAAAAGACCCUGAUGUUGGGAAAGAUGGAGGGCCCAAGGAGAAGGGGACGACGGAGGACGAGAUGGUGGGACAGUGUUCUCGAAGCUACCAGCAUGAGUUUGACCAAACUGCGGGAAGCAGUGGAAGACAGGAGUGCCUGGCGUGCUCUGGUCCAGGGGGUCAUGAAAAGUUGGACAUUACUAAACAACAACAACAAAGUCUGCAACAACCUGCUGCCCUGCGCUACAGUUUAAAACACUUAAUUGAUGCAACAAAAAACAGCAUAAAAUACAGUAUAAAACGUGAAUAACAAUAAAUUCAGAAUUAAAAAAUCAAUUUAGGGGGGAAAUCCAUCCAAUAAACAUUAGAUGAUCACCAGGGCUAGCUGGCUAAAUUAGUCCUAUUUGGGCCAGUGAGGAGACCAGGGGAGAAUUAGCUGUGGGAUCCCAGAGCAGGUAAUCUUCAUAAAAAGGGGAGGGGAAGGGAAGGAAGGGGAAUAAAAGAUCAGGCUAAGUUCAAAUUGAAAGCCAGGCGGAAUAGCUCUGUCUUACAGGCCCUGCGGAAGGAAGUUAAAUCCCGCAGGGCCCUGGUCUCAUGGGACAGAGCAUUCCACCAGGUUGGAGCCAUCACUGAGAAGGCCCUGGCCCUGGUGGAGGAUAAUCUGACUUCCUUAGGGCCCUGGACCUCUAAACUAUGAUUAUUCAUGGACCUUAAGCCCUCUGCUUAAGGUUUGGCAGCGUUUGUAGAAUUGUAGAGUUGGAGAGGGAUCCGAUGGUCAUCUAGUCCAACCCCUUGCAACGCAGGAAUCUCAGCUAAAGCAUCCAUGGCAGAUGGCCUUUCCUCUAGCCUCACAGAAACAGGAUCACAGGUGUGAACCUGGCUUUCACCCAGAACGACCUCCCCCAAACCUGUAACAAUACCGUGAAGCCGGUAUUCUUGCAGUCAGUAGCUAUGGAGGUUUCCAAGACUGCAGCCUCCAUUGACCUUGGAGCUUUGGGGGCUGAUUUGGGGGACACGGCAAAUUUGAGAAGUCCGUGCUUUCGUUUUGCUACCUCAUUGAUUAGCCAAAGCUGGCUUUCGCUUCACCCACCUUGCUGGCAAGGAAGCCCAGAUAACUUUGCACAAAAACCCCACACCUUCUCUUUGUCCUAUUUUAUUUAAAGCCACUUGUGGCUCCAAAUCAGGUUUGUCAACAGGAGAAGAAUAAUCUCUCCUAAUAGGAUUUCUCGGACUAAUGUGUCGGGUUAGUAUACUUAGGGGCGUGAUCCUGGAACAGUAAAUAAAUACUUCUUUUUUUUACUUUGUAUUUUCGUGCGGAUUAAAUUUUGGAGAUAUAAUUGGAUCAAUGCACAGUUUCCUAAAUGCUUUGCCUGGCAUUCUCAUGGAAGGGCCUGGGACAGAUUUUUCUGUGAUCUCUCUCUCUCUCUGUGUGCUGUUUCUCACCACUGAGCAAGGACCCUGGUUGCACCCAGGUGGUACAAGAAGGAUUCGGCCUGGAGCUGAAAGCAGCACCUUCUGCUCCCCCCCUCCAAAACUGAUUGGUCAGGCGGGACCCCCGUCUAAAUACGCUGUUUUAAGAACUGGAAGCUAAAAGGUGUCUCCAGAGACACGUACGUCUGGAUUGACAAGCAGGCUAGAAGAGAUUGCUCCAGUAACUUUUUGACCUUGCCAGUUGGUAUGUUCUGCACCUGCCCAUCUACGAGCUCCAGACACUUUGCAAAUCCUGCCAAAGAACUCCUAACUUCUGGCUCUGCCUAAACUCAAAUCCCCCCGGUUUACUAUCCCUAGUACUUCAAGACUCCCAUAAAAUUACCUGGCUUAAGUCUAAACUACAAGAAAGAAGAUUCCACCUAAACAUUAGGAAGAACUUCCUGACAGUAAGAGCUGUUCGACAGUGGAAUUUGCUGCCAAGGAGUGUGGUGGAGUCUUCUUCUUCGGAGGUCUUUAAGCAGAGGCUUGACAACCAUAUGUCAGGAGUGCUCUGAUGGUGUUUCCUGCUUGGCAGGGGGUUGGACUCGAUGGCCCUUGUGGUCUCUUCCAACUCUAUGAUUCUAUCAAAAACUUCACUCUUGUGGCCUUAUCCCCACAACACCUACUCACUAUGGACCCUACUAAACCAAACAGGCUAAUUGGUCUACGUCUAAAAAAUAUCGAGCAUCAGAACAACCUGGCCACUAUGAGGAAAUUCUGCCCUUGGUAUGUUCAGUAUCCACCUCUCCAUUUUGAUUCUCUGGCCCCAUAUCUGCACAAACUUAUUAUCCCAAAAUACAGACGUGCUUUUGCACUUGCAAGAUUGGAUGUUUUGCCAUCUGUGGUAUUGAGGGUCAAUUCCAAAAGAUCCCGCCUGAGAAACGUCUUUGCCCCUGUGGAGAUGGUAGCACUGAAACAGCGGCACACGUCCUCCUGUCUUGUACUCUCUACAAAGACCUGAGGAAUGAGAUCAUCACCCCACUUGUACUAACCAUCCCAGGGCGCACAACCGCUGCCACAAUGUCCUUUCUCCUAUCAGAUCAAAAUGAGCAGAAAACAGCAAAGGUGGCUAGGUUCAUAGCAGGGGCAAUCAGAAUAAGGGCCACUAACUGACGGCUGAUUCAGGACUUUAAAUUGUGCUCUUAUAUCAAAUUUCCUUUUCUGCAUAUAAUGUUUUACUGUUGCUAUGGCCAUUGGCUAAGGCGAAUAAAGUUUUUGCAAAUCCCUUUGCGUGAUCUAGGUUGGUGGGUCUGUCUCUACCCAGCCCAAGCUAAGAAUGUUUGAAGUCCUGCCCAUUUUCAUGGGAGUGACGAAAGUGUGCCCAUAAUUCUCCUAUUAAAAUUAGGGUCCCUUGAAAGAGAUUAGCAUGGGAGGGUGUGUCCCGAUUCCGGGAAUUUACCUGGUCUGGUCUAACUUGAUUUCUUGGGAUGGUUUACAGGUAGGACCAUAACAGGAAAUUUGUGUGGUUUAUGAUGGGGGGGGAUACCAAAAAAAUGGGGAUAAAGUGUGUUUUGGGGAGGGAAUCCCGUUUGUUUUUAUUGCUUAUCAAUUAAUUUACAUUCCGUCAAUGCCCAAAGCUUGCUUUUUUGUAUUCAUAAGUUUGACCUCUGCUUUCAAAUCUACAAUUUGAAAGUGCCGUUGUAACAGAACGCUGCCUUUUCUUUUUCUCCCUUUUUAAAUAAAGGAUUGUUGAAAUCUACAGCAGAAGAUUACAAGGUGAGUAAUCCUUUGUGCUCUACCUAAUGAUAUCUCUCUCUAUAAUAAAAAUGGAACAGUGUCAUCGCACAGCCCUGCCGUUGGAGGAUUGGUAAUGCCUCAUCACUACCCUGAUAUUGCAUGAAGUCAGGAUUAGGGUAAGGGAGCAAACCAGUGCCGGAUUUACGUAUAAGAUAAACAAUCUAUAGCUUGGGGCCCCACUCUCUUGGGCCCCCCCAAAAAAAUUUAAAGGAAAAAACCUGGAUGUACAUUUCCAAAAUAUAGGAUUAAAAACAAAUAAAAUGAAACCUACAUACAGCAACAGUGUUUUGUGUUGUGUAGGCUCCUGUGAUGUAAGUCAUGGGCCCCGCCUGCUAGCCUGCUCCCUCAAAUAUCACUGGUUUGCUCCUUUCUAUAUAUAGGGUGCCUACAUUCUGCAUGGACUGGUUGCAGGGCAACAUGCGGCUGCAGACUGCAGUGCAGCACAGUUGAAUACACGUCAAGCUGUUGCACCUGCUAUCUAAUAUUAAAGAGUGCUUGCAGACUGAUGAUCAGGCAGCCUAGAUUAAGGGUAUGAGUCUUAUGCCUACUGGUUGAUUUCAUGUAAUACAUAAUUUAUUUUGAUCCCAUUAUAAAAUUACUAUUAAUAUACUUCUUCUUAAUUGUAUUUCAGUUCAACAAUUACUUUGAUAAAAUACAUAAUUUUCUUACGUGCCAAUGGCUUGAGAUACCUGUCAGGUUCAUAAAUUACCAUAUAGCAUAUAUUCAACACAAAAAACAGCAGCAAUUUGUUGUUGACAAAGGACAGCUGGACAUAUCAAGGGCCCCAUGACCUUCAGUAGCUUAAGGUCUCAUCAAACCUAUAUCCAUCAGAUAAGUGCUGGAGAUGUAAUGAGGUUGAGGGUAUGUUUUAUCAUACGUGGUGGACUUGUAAAAGGGUAUUGGGAAAUGAUAUAUAAAGGGGGAAAACGUUUAAAAGUACCUUUCCAAAAAAAACUAGAGUCCUUUUCGUUGGGGAUAAUUCAGAGGGGGAUUCCCAGGUGUCAAAAAAGACUAUUUAUGUACACUACUACCGCAGCCCGUGUUUUGUUAGUCCCCAAAUGGAAAACGAGCGAGGUCCCAACCAAAGAAGAAUUGCAACUUAAUCUGAUGGAAUAGGCGCAGCUUGCAGAUUUUAACAUAUAGAAUAAGAGAAGAAAAAGAAUGGACGUUUAAAGAAGACUUGGAAAAUGUUUACUGAAAAUUGUCUUCAUUGAAAAACACUGGUAGCAUUGAGAUAAAUUCAACACUGAAAGUAAGUUCUGGUGGUUGUAGCAAUGGAUCACUGAAUGGUUUAGUUCAUGUAAAAGAUGCAGGGGUGUAUGGUAUGCAAAAUGAACCACGGAAAGAGGUUCAAGAAGGGAAGUCAUUGAUUGGCGCUGUGGGUUAAACCACAGAGCCUAGGAUUUGCCGAUCAGAAGGUGGGCGGUUCGAAUCCCCGCGACGGGGUGAGCUCCCGUUGCUCGGUCCCUGCUCCUGCCAACCUAGCAGUUCGAAAGCACGUCACAGUGCAAGUAGAUAAAUAGGCACCGCUCCAGCAGGAAGGUAAACAGCAUUUCCGUGCGCUGCUCUGGUUCGCCAGAAGCGGCUUAGUCAUGCUGGCCACAUGAUCCGGAACCUUGGCCAAUAAAGCGAGAUAAGCACCGCAACCCCAGAGUCGGUCACGACUGGACCUAAUGGUCAGGGGUCCCUUUACCUUUAAAUGAAUAUUCUGAAAUGUAAUCUCUGCCCCCAGUGCUUUGAAGCAUUGCUGCCCCUCCCAAAUAACCCUUUCUUGACUUGCAGAGACGUCCCGUAAGAGUUACAGAUCUCUUUCCCCCGCCCUGUUUUCUUUCCUUGCUGCAGUUCAGGAGCGCCUUACGAAACAGAUUGCCAUCGCCAUCACGGAAGCCUUGCAGCCUGCGGGUGUCGGAGUGGUGGUUGAAGCGACGUAAGCAUGCGCAGAGCUCUGCUGAGUUACCCUAGUGGGGAGAGGGCUGCCUCUCUCUCCUGGAUGGCUAGGGGUUAAAUGUUGUGGGUGGGAGGGGCAUUGCUCAGUGGUUUAGCAUCUGAUUUGCAUGCAGAAGGUUAUGAGUUCAAUCCCAAAAACAUCCCCCGAGAGACUCCUGACUGAAACACUCACCCCCUCCGAGAGCUGCUGUCAGUCAGCGCAGACAGUACUGAGGUAGAAGGACCAGUGGUCCGACUCAGAAUAAGGCAGAUUUUUGUGUUUCUAAGGAAGUCAGAUAAUCCUCCACCAGAGCCAGGGCCUUCUCAGUGAUGGCUCCGACCUGGUGGAAUGCUCUGUCCCAGGAGACCAGGGCCCUGCAGGAUUUAACUUCCUUCUGCAGGGCCUGUAAGACAGAGCUAUUCCGCCUGGCUUUCAGUUUGAACUUAGCCUAAUCUUUUAUUCCCCUUCCUUCCCUCCCCCUCCCCUUUUCAUGAAGAUUACCUGCUCUGGGAUUCCACAGCUAAUUCUCCCCUGGUCUCCUCGUUGGCUCAAAUAGGACUAAUUUAGCCAGCUAGCCCUAGUGAUCAUCUAAUGUUUAUUGGAUGGAUUUCCCCCCUAAAUUGAUUUUUUAAUUCUGAAUUUAUUGUUAAUCACGUUUUAUACUGUAUCUUAUGCUGUUUUUAGUUGUUGCAUCAAUUAAGUGUUUUAAAUUUGUUGCUAGCCGUCCUGAGCCCGGUUUUCUGAACCGGGAAGGGCGGGGUAUAAAUAAAAAUGUAUUGUUAUUAUUUAUUAUGACAGACUUUUUUAAAAAUGAGAAAAUAUUGUCCUCACUCAAUGUCCACCAGCCUUGUUGGCUUUAAAAGAGGGUAAGGCCCAGAGGUAGAAUUAUUAUCAAUUUACGAUGGGGUGGAAGGUUCGCAGGCUAGGAAGGGCUUGGUCACAAAUUUAUUGACAGCUGCACAAAUUAGGAUAGCUAGGAAGUGAAAGGGGCAAGCAGAAUAUAAAAUGGAAAAAUGGUAUAAAGAGGUGUGGGAUAUAGCUAUUAACGAUAAAUCAACGUGUGCCAUUAAGGUAAGAGGGGGAAUAUGCAGGGGACAUGAUUUUGAGGCGAUAUGGAAGGUGUUUGUAGAAUUUGUACAGUCAUACCUCUUGUUACGUUCGGUUCAGGUUAUGUCUUUUCAGACAUAACCGGAAGUACCGGAAAGGGUUACUUCCGGGUUUCGCUACUCGCGCAUGCGCAGUCGCUCAAAAUGACGUCACACACAUGCACAGAAGCAGCGAAUCGCGACCCGCGCACUCGCAGAUGCGCAGACGUGGGUUGCGUUCUGCUCAUGUUGUGAAUGAGGCUCUGGAACAAAUCCCGUUCGCAACCAGGUACCACUGUACUGUUAAAAUGGAAAGGGGUCAAACUAUUGCAAGAGAUAUUGAUAUUUUGGGAGUUUGGAUAGUUACAAUGGAAUGGUCUCGGAGAUGGGGUGCACAUUUUUAUUCUUAUUUAUGCAUGAUUAUUACUUUGUUAGGGACGCGGGUGGCACUGUGGGUUAAACCACAGGGCCUAGAACUUCUGAUCGGCGGUUCGAAUCCCUGCGACAGGGUGAGCUCCCGUUGCUCGGUCCCUGCUCCUGCCAACCUAGCAGUUCAAAAGCACCUCAAAGUGCAGGUAGAUAAAUAGGUACCGCUCCAGCGGGAAGGUAAACGGCGUUUCCGUGUGCUGCUCUGGUUCGCCAGAAGUGGCUUAGUCCUGCUGGCCACAUGACCUGGAAGCUGUACGCCGGCUCCCUCAGCCAAUAAAGCGAGAUGAGCACCGCAACCCCAGAGUCGGUCACGACUGGACCUAAUGGUCAGGGGUCCCUUUACCUUUACCUUUAUUACUUUGUUAAAAAAAGAAAAGAAAAAGAAAAAAGGAGGCAAGGGAAGCUGCAGAAAGAAUGCAGUCGGUCAAGGGAGCUGCGGACUCAAAAAGGUGGAAAAACUAUAUGAUGGCUUUCAAGGAGGAGUAGCAACUGUUAUGGAGGAGAGGCCUAUCAAUGGCUACUUGGCACAAUAUCUAAGCUUUGCCUUCACAGUUGGAGACAACAAUGCUUGUAUAUACCAGUGGCUGGAAACCACACAAGGGGAGAGUUGCUCUCCUGCUCAGAUCCUGCACAGGGGUCAGGGCUGUCUUAAGCAUAUGCGGGGCGGGGGUGCAAAGAUCCCCCCGGUGUGCCGGCGCCGCCCAGGUUGCCCAGUCCCAGGCGCGCAGGAGGGCAGAGCUGGCCAGACGCCUCAGUGUCUCGCUGGCUCGGUCGCCCCCGAACUCAUGGCGCAGAGCCGCCCGCAGCAGAAGGGCCCACCGUGGCGCUCUGACCAAUGGGCGGGCUCUUCCCCGGACUCAAAUCUCAGGCCCCAGACUCUUGGCCUGGUGCCCCUGAGAGCCCAGCGCCCGGGUGCCCUGCACCCCUAUGACCUAUGGGUAAGACGGCCCUGACAGGGGUUUCCCCACAGGCAGAUAUCUGGUUGGCCGCUGUGAGAACAGGCCUGAUCCUGCAAGCUCUUUUCAUGCUCUUAGCUCUGAAACAUUUAAUUAGGUUUUUUUUUGCUGGGGAUGUAACUGUCUCCAAGGUCUUCCAGCGAGCUUCAUGGCCGUGCGAGGAUUUGAACCCUGCUCCCCCAGGUCCUAGUCUGGCACUCUUAACCAUUUCGCCACGCUUGCCUGAUGGCAUCUCCUUCUUCUUCCUUUUCCCCGCAGGCACAUGUGCAUGGUGAUGCGAGGGGUUCAGAAAAUGAACAGCAAGACUGUGACCAGCACAAUGCUCGGAGUAUUCCGGGAAGACCCAAAGACCCGGGAAGAGUUUUUGACGCUCAUCCGCAGCUAAAACUGUGCCAUCUUCCUCCGGACUGUCUUGUCUGCUGUUGGUUAUUUUGCUGCUUUCUUCCCUCCUCUCUCUCUCUUUCCGUAAAGUAACUGUCCAUUUAAAUUCCCUUGUUUUCACUUUUUAUCGGUUCUGUAAAAUGUUCUUUACGGCAAGUCCAUUGUGACCCUUCAUUCGCUCAAGGCAAGCUGACCCCCUAUUUGGGAGGUUCCAAAUACCGUAUUUUUCGCUCUAUAAGACGCACCAGAACACAAGACGCACCUAGUUUUUGGAGGAGGAAAACAAGAAAAAAAAUAUUCUGAAUCCCAGAAGCCAGAACAGCAAGAGGGAUUGCUGCGCAGUGAAAGCAGCAAUCUCUCUUGCUGUUGUGGCUUCUGGGAUAGCUGCGUGUAGGAGUGCAAAUGGCCAGAGAUGCAGAGGUGUAGAUUGAUCAAGAAUCAUAUCAAAAUAGUUUAAACCCAGUCAACGCAAUGCUUUCAUUGCUGACACAGAUGGCUUACUCUAUAUCUGUUAUAAUUCCUCAUAGCAAUCCCACCUGAUCACUACAUCUCUGGCCGUUUGCACUCCUACACUGCGCAGCCUACACUCACUCCAUAAGACGCACACACAUUUCCCCUUACUUUUUAGGGAGGGAAAAAGUGAGUCUUAUAGAGCAAAAAAUACGGUAACUGUCCAUUUCAAUUCCCUUGUUUUCACUUAUUAUUGGUUCUCUAAAAGGUUCUUUAUGGCAAGUCCAUUGUGACCCUUCAUUCGCUCAAGGCAAGCUGACCUCCAUCUGGGAGGUUUCAAAUAGUCUUGAAAAAUGUUUUUUUCGGCCGAUGUCCUCUCACAACGCUGUCCAUUGAUUUUGGUGGAUGGUUUGAGUGGGAUUUUACAAAAUUUAUUCUGCUUCUUAAGAUCGUUUAAAGCGCAAGGACGUGCUCCUUCAGAAGGAGGGAAAGCGAAACCCCUUCUUUCCAAAUAACUCACAAAAUGCAUCCUUCCUUCAAGGGGUGGAGCAAAGGCAGGCAACCCAGGGGCCACAAUCCUUCACAGGCCAACCGCCCAAGGGGCCGCACGCCAGCUGUGAUCCCUGCAUUGCCGGGGGUUGGACUAGAUGACCCCUGGGGUCCCUUGCAAUAAUUCUGCGAUCCUAUGAAGGCCUUCUCCCCAGACUGAGAACUCCUCCCUGGUUUCCAACACAUGGCCAGCCACGGUCCUUUCAUGGGAACAUUUUUCCGUGCAAAGAGUCCCGUCCCCUUCCUCUUAGGUAACCAAAAUGCCACCAUCGUCAGAAGUGGCUUGCUGCAGUCUACACGGAAAAUUUAUGGAAGGGAUGUUUUGUAAACCCUCUUUUAAUUAAGGAAAGAUGGUGCAGUAACUGGAAGCAAGUGUUGAGCAGACUCUAAGCCUCCCCCUCCCUAAGCCUGUCUGAUCCACUUACUCAAAUCAUUUGCCAGAGCUUGGAUCGGUAAGUCAGUAAACCGGGGACCCCUGGGCCUCUAGAAGUCAUUGGGCUCCAACUCCCACCCAUCCCAGCCAGCUUGGCCAAUGGUCCCAGGGAUGAAAGCUGUCAGGAAAGGGCAAUAACCAAGAGCAACUCCCAUCCAAGGAAAGGUUGCAGCAUUUGCGUGUCGAGGUCCCCAAACCACCCCCUCAAAUAACUCACAACUCACACGUAAUUUUUGUUUGGGUUUUUGGCCACAACUUUAUUAAAAUACAAAUUUUAUGAGUGGUUGCUUGGGCAUUGGUUAAGACUAUCUGUCCCCCCCGCCUGGGGGCAGAACUGACAUCCGAACUCCAUCGGAUGCCAGUGAAGGGAAAACAAUAUUGGGGAGCAAUGGAGCUGAGUCACAGGCCCUCAGCGCUCACCCACAUGCUUCCCAGGGCUUGCCGGCCCUGGUCCCAUUUCAGGGAUUCAGACGAAAUCGUGGCAAGCCCCUGGAUUCCUUUAACAGAAUUCCCUUUCAGCAGCAGCAUUGGAGGGGCAGGCCCAGCCAAUCCUUACCCCUCCUCCAACCAAUUGAUAACCAAUGCCAACCUUACAAGUUGUGAUGAUUUGCCAUGCAGUAGGCAAAAACCAAAUGGCACCAGCCAGUCAGCCAGAUGGACAAAAUUCCUACAAGGCUCCUUCCCCAAUGGCAGACGACCCCAUGCCAGGCAUAGCAAAGUCAAGUAAAACCUUCCAAACGCAGGGCGGGUGGGCGGGUGAUUCGGCUCACGCAGCGAAAGAGAAAGCCUCAAGCUGCGUGCUCUGAAUUUAAACAGUUCGGUCCCUCCCACCAAAUUUGCAGCAAGUAAAUUCCUCCAGCAACACAGCCAUCCAAUUAAAUGCCAGGGUAAUAUUUAUAACCCUACCUGGCAACAGAGGGGUGACUCAGCGGACUCCACCGCAACACGUGCUCUCACGCUUUGGGACUAAACUGAAAAAGCGAGUGAGGCAGAAGUUAACUAUGGAACUCAUUGCCACAAGAGGCAGUGUUUGAAAAAGGAUUAGACAAAUUUGUGGAGGAGAGGGCUGUGGGCGGCUGCUCGCCAUGGUGGCUUUUCUUUGCCCAUGACUGUUGGAGGAGAGGGGAGAGAGCAGAAAGCCCGUCUGGAUUUUCCACAGACGCUCCCUUUCUAGGAAGUGUGCGAAGCCAAAAUGGCAACCUGGCCUUUUCCAACCUGUUGUUGGCCUUGGAAAUCCCAUCAGCACCAGCCAGUACACCCAGUGGUCAGGGCCGAUGGCCCUUGGCAGUCCAACAAGAUCUGAGAUAAGGUUACCAGAUUUUUUUCAAUGAAUCUGGGGACACUUUUCAACUUCAAUGGAUUCUGUCUGGGGACUGAUUUGUAAAUCUGGGGACUGUCCCUGGGAAACAGGGACGUCUGGUAACCUUAAUCUGGGAAGCCCUGGGAUGAGGAAACUGGUGACCCUCAGCCUUGUGCAACGAGGGAAGAGGCAGGACCAGAGCAUCCUCACUUUUCCCUUGGAGCUGGCGUCGUCCCUGUCCAAACUGCGCUUUUUUGUUUCGCCACAGAGUCCUUCCAAUAUACCUCUUAACUGGACUUUUGGAAACUUCUCUGCUGUCUCCAUAAAGGCGAACAGGUGCAAGGGAGCGAUUUAUUCCUUCUCCCCCCGUACCACGAGCAAAAGGAAGUUCCCAGUGGCUCGCACCCUUUGUGGCCUUAGAAUUUGUUGACCUUACAGCUUGGCGAAUUUGUUAUUUAUGGGAAGCUUUGCUCCCCAUGGCCUCAUCCAGAUGUUCGGGACUACAGUCUGGGGCGGAUGGGAGUCGUAGUCCCCAAACAGCUGGAUGAUGGCAGGGCGAAGAGGAAGGCUUGCUUAUGCCUCUUCUUUUGUGGGGAAAAAGUGACCCUUAGCCAACGUUUUCUGUGCCCAGUCUGUACAUAAAUAAACGCAAGCCAUGCACAGUCCGUCGUUGUGUUUCCCCCUUCUGUCAAGCUCUGUUCUAUUUAAAAAUAUUAAAAGAGAAAUACAGCCUUGGUCAUUUUUGGGAGACUC